CUCAUUCUUCGCCCAGACCCCGUAUUCGAUCGACGUUGUAUAUAUGUAUGUUUGUGGUUUCUCUACUAUAAUGACUUGAACAGUUGUUAUCAUAUUGGCCGUGAAAUAGACGUUUUUAGACGUUUGUACAUUUUCAAAGUGAUAGUGGUUCAGUUCUGUGUGUGAUUCGAAAGACAAACAAUGCAGCGGCAAACGCAGCAAGAACAGCAGAUUGUUCAGCAGCAGCAGCAGCAACAACAACAACAGGUUGUUCAGCAACAGCAACAACAGUUCGUGCAACAGCAACAGUUCAGUCAACAACAGCAGUUCAGCCAACAGCGGAUUAGUCGCACUGAACAACAUGUGACAAGACAGGUCACACAGCAACAACAAGUGCAGGGCAUGGUGGUCCAAGGCACAAUACCCUUCAUGCCUGCAGAUGCAGCACCACCGGUGUUUGAGCAGAUCUUCCGCAACGCAAGGUUCGCCCAGGGCGGCAAUGCUCAGUUUCAGGGCAAGCUCAGGGGUAAUCCCAAGCCUCAAGUUUCCUGGACACGCAAGGGUGCUCCUCUCUUCGAAUCGGCCAAGUACAAGAUGCAGUACGAGCAACAAACAGGGAAUGUUUCUCUACUGAUCAAGAACAUUGGCCCAGGAGAUGAAGGAGAGUACACUUGUACAGCCAGGAACCAGUAUGGUGAGGCUAUCUGCUCUGUCUUCAUCUCUCCGGAAGGUGUUGCUGUACCACAAGGACAAAGCUUCCAACAACUGCAACAACAGACUGUGCAACAACAGCAGACCCAGAGAACUGAGAAAUUUUCAUAUACUAACGGAACUAACGGACAUACAGUUUUUGAAGAAGACUUUAAAGUGGACACAUUUGAGUAUAGAUUGCUCCGUGAAGUGUCGUUCCGUGAGACAGUGACGCGUCGCUAUGUCCACGAAGUGGACUCACAGAUGUCAACAACCAUUGACCGUUCUCUUGGGCCCCCAUCAGCACCCCAGAUUAACCAGAAACCUCGAAAUUCUAAGCUGCAAGAAGGCUCCGACGCAGUCUUCACCGUUAAGAUUGCAGCAAACCCGAAACCCAGGUUGACCUGGUUCAAGAACGGCCAGCGACUGGUGAACACUCAGAAGCACCAGAGCUCAUACAGCAACCAGCAAGCAACUCUCAAGAUCUCACAGACAGAGGCAACUGACGCCGGUCACUACACUCUGCUGGCCGAGAACCCACAAGGUGUUGUAGUGUCGUCAGCAUAUCUUGCAGUCGAACCGGUGUCGGUGCAAGAUUUCAUUGAACAAAGAGAAACCACACAAAAAACAACCCAAUUGGAGACAGAAGCGGUGGACAGUUCGAAAAUGCUGGCCCCGAACUUUGUCCGCGUGUGUAAUGAUCGAGACGUAACUGAGGGGAAGAUGACGAGAUUCGACUGCCGUGUGACAGGUCGUCCUUACCCAGAGGUGGCCUGGUUCAUCAACGGCAGACAGGUGGCAGAUGAUGCCACCCACAAGAUAUUGGUGAACGAGUCUGGCAACCACGCCCUCAUGAUCACCAAUGUCAGCCGACUCGACCAUGGAGUAGUGAACUGCAUCGCGAGGAACAAGGCUGGAGAAACUUCAUUCCAGUGUAAUCUGAACGUGAUAGAGAAGGAGCAGGUGGUGGCUCCCAAGUUUGUGGAGAGAUUCUCCACAGUGACAGUCAAGGAGGGAGAGCCAGUGUCCUUGAGUGUGAGGGCUGUUGGGACCCCCAUCCCCAGAAUUUCCUGGCAGAAGGACGGUGUGGCAGUGAUGCCUAGCGCAGAUGUGCAUAUCUCUGUGGACGGAGGAGCCUCGGUGCUGGACCUGGCAGCUACUCGUAGCUCAGAUGCCGGCUGGUAUCAGUGUACUGCUCAGAACGUAGCUGGCUCUACAGCCACUCGUGCCAGACUCUAUGUCCAAACUCCUCAACAGCCCGAGUUCCAGGGUGAUCGCCGUCUGCACCUGCCCAAGCCCACCAGGGUCAUUGAACCUGAGCCUCAGCCAGGACCAGAAGUGAUAUACCUAAGACAUGUGGAGAGAUCCAAGCCCCGCACUCCCCACCCUGAAGAGGACCGUAGCUACCCUCCACCCCAGUUUAUCAUCCCCCUGGCCAACGUCAGCCAGGUUGAGGGUGGGAGGAUACACCUGGAGGCCAGGAUUGAGCCGGUCGGAGACCCCACCAUGAGGGUCGAAUGGUUUCACAAUGGGCGCCCUCUCGCAGCUAGUUCGAGGGCCACUUCAACCUUUAAGUUUGGCUUCAUCGCACUGGAUCUGCUGACAAUUGUACAAGCCGACGCUGGCGAGUAUAUAUGCCGUGUGACCAGCAACUCUGGCAGCACUGAAUCCCGAGCCACUGUCAGCGUCACAGUGAGGGCUAGUAUCGAGCAGACGAGUCAGCACCCGGAGAGUCUGCAAUACAUUUCGAGUCUGGAGGACUAUAGCCGCUACCAGCGUACCGAGAGUGUGGAGGAGCUCCACGCGCAAAAACCUGCAUUCAUCCGUCCACUCCAUGAACUGGGACAGCUGAACGAAGGUCGCAACGCUCACUUUGAGGGCCAGCUCACUCCUGUCAGUGAUCCCACCAUGAAAGUGGAGUGGUACAAGGAUGGACGACCUAUCACAGCCAGCUCAAGAAUCACUUCCAUCUUUAACUUCGGCUACGUCUCUCUCAAUAUCUUGCACCUACGAGCCGAAGACAGCGGAUCUUACACUGUGAGGGCUGUGAAUCGCUGGGGCGAGGCAGUCAGCACUUCAAGCCUCACUGUCAUUGCUCGUAGCAGUGUUACCGGUGACCUCGGUAUUCCAGAGCAGCAGCGGUACAUCGAGCAAGUGGAACAGUUGGAGGCAUACCAGACUCAGCAGCAGUACCGUACCAAAGCAGAGCCCCCUGAGAGCACGGCACCACCUGUUUUCAAGAGUCCCAUCAAGGACCAACUCAACAUCCGGGAAGGGGGUUUUGCACACUUUGAAGCCAGACUUGAACCGAUCGGUGACUCUACAUUGAGAGUUGAAUGGCUCAAGGAUGGUCGCCCAGUUGAAGCAAGUUCACGAAUCACAACGUUUUUCAACUUCGGUUACGUGGCUCUGACCAUCAAGUACGUGACUAUCCACGACGUGGGCAUUUACACUUGUAGAGCAUACAAUACUUUGGGCCAGGCUGAGACCACUGCCCAGAUGACUGUCAUCACAAAGCAAGACAUCAUAUUUGACAGUCAGCAUCCCAGUGGGUUGCAGAAAAUUCAGCACUUGGAAGACAGCAGCCGCUAUGCCAGAACCACUCAGGAAGAAGUACAGGUGACUCAGAAGCCAAGAUUCCUGGGGCCACUUAAGGGCACCAACAAGAUCGUGGAAGGCCAGAGGGCUCACUUUGAAGCACGGGUCGAACCUCAGAGUGACAUCACCAUGAAGAUCGAGUGGUAUUUUAACGGCAAGGUGAUCAUGACAGCAAAUCGUAUCCAGACUUACCAUGACUUCGGCUACGUGGCUCUGGAUAUCCUUAGUGUAAGAGCAGAAGAUGCUGGAACCUACACCGUUGUCGCCAGGAAUGCUUUGGGCGAGGCCCAACUCUCCGCCUCCAUGGUGGUUGAAACUCGUGCGAGCAUUGACACAAGCUCCAUGCACCAUGGCAGCUAUGAGAAGACCCAACGACUGGAGACUGGCAAGUUUGUGGAGCCCCAUUAUGACAUUGAGGAGAUCUCCAAAUCAAAGCCAAUCUUUGUGACACCACUCAGCGACCCCAAGCCUGUGAGUGAAGGCAAGAAUAUCCAUCUAGAAUGCCGGCUGGAGCCCAUGGGAGACCCCACUAUGCGAGUAGAGUGGUUCCACAAUGGCCGCUCAGUCACUGUAGGUUCCCGAUUCCGGACAUACUAUGACUUUGGAUUUGUGGCUUUGGACAUUAUCCAUGCCACAUCACUGGACACUGGAGAGUACACAGUGAGGGCCACCAACCAUCUAGGCACUGCUCACACCUCCGCUCAAGUUAGGGUGAUCAGCCACUCUGACAUUCUAACAGAGACACAGAAUGAGGCUGCCCUGGAGCAAAUUCAGUUCCUGGAGGAUGCUUCAAGACAUCGACGAGUGGUCGGAGAGGAUGAGGUGGUCAUGACAGCCCCACAAUUCACUCGACCUCUGCACAAUAUUGAGACCAUUGAGGGCACCAACAUCCACCUGGAGUGUCGUCUGCAGCCAGUCGGAGACUCAAGUAUGAGAGUGGACUGGUUCGUCAACGGCCGCCCUGUCAAGACUGGCCAUCGGUUCCGUCCUGCGUAUGACUUCGACUAUGUGGCUCUGGACCUUCUCAGUGUCUACCCAGAGGACUCCGGAGUCUACACUUGUCAGGCUCGCAAUGCUCUGGGCGAAGCUGUUACCUCCUGCUCAGUCAAGAUACAUGCCAAGAAAGACCUGAUACUGGACACACAACACCCUGGAGGGUUGGAGAAGAUCCAGUACCUGGAGGAUGCGAGCCGCUACCGGCGCACGGAGCAGGUGGAUGAAAUGGUCACAGUGCGCCCUCGCUUUGUCACUAAGCCCAAGAGUCUGGGCAAUAUGAGGGAAGGGCAGCACGCUCACUUUGAGUGCAAACUGGAACCAGUCACUGACUCUAACUUAAAGGUUGAGUGGUACAAGAAUGGCCGCCCCAUCACUGUCGGCCACAGAUUCCGGCCAAUCCACGACUUUGGCUAUGUAGCCCUCGACAUUGUAGACGUUAUAGCUGAGGACUCUGGCACCUACACUUGCCGAGCCGUCAACCUUGUGGGCUCCGAUGAAACCAUGUGCUCCCUGGAGUGCAGGAGCUCAUCCCAAAUUCUUACGGCAACACAGAAUGAGACAGGGCUGGAGCAGAUCCAGUAUCUGGAGGACAGAUCACGCUACCAGCGCUCGGAGAUCGUUGAGGAGACUACCACUCAGGCCCCCACGUUCACCACCUCACUCAAACAAGUCAAUAUCAAGGAGGGCCAGAGGGCACACUUUGAGUGUCGCCUCAUCCCUGUCAGUGACGCUACCAUGAAAGUGGAGUGGUUCCACAACAACGUCCCGCUCAAAUCUGGAUCCCGCUUCACGGAAACUAACAACUUUGGAUUUGUUGCGUUGGACAUCCUCCACUGCUUGCCGGAGGAUUCUGGCACCUACACUUGCCGUGCAAGGAACAUUAUUGGAGAGGCAGUCACUUCUGCCAACCUUACCGUACAAUCCAAGAAAGCCAUCUACAUGGAGUCUCAGCACGAGGGAGCUCUGCAGCGUCUGUAUCAACUGGAGGACAGCUCCCGGCACCAGCGUCGCCAGACCACUGAGGAGACCGUAAGCCAGGCACCUGUGUUCACACAGCCCGUCCGAGACUUGCGCACUGCAGAAAAUCAGGCAGCGCACUUUGAGGCUCGGCUGAUACCGGUCGGAGAUGCCAGACUUAAAGUGGAAUGGCUGCGCAAUGGUGUACCAAUACAGGCCUCUAACCGAGUGACAACAAUGCAUGAUUUUGGCUACGUGGCCCUGAACAUGAAGUAUGUCUAUCCUGAAGACUCAGGCACCUACACUUGCCGAGCAGUCAAUGACCUUGGAGAGGCUGUCACCUCUGCCACCCUUGUAGUGCAAUCGAAAGAGUCACUUUUGUUGGAGACCCAACAUCAGCAGGCGCUACAGAAAAUCCAAAUGCUUGAAGACUCCAGCCGCUACCAGCGCCGUGAGGAGGCUGAGACCAUCGUUACUCAGGCGCCCAAAUUCACAGUCCAGCUCAACGGCCCAUCAGAGCUGGUGGAGGGACAGAGCGCACAUUAUGAGAGUCGUAUUGAACCUUACCCUGAUGCCAAUCUCAAGGUUGAAUGGUUCUUCAAUGGACAGCCACUUCAAACUGGUCACCGCUUUAGGACAACUUAUGACUUUGGUUUUGCUGCCCUGGAUGUGCUGACUGUAUACGGAGAGGACUCUGGAGAAUAUACCUGCCGAGCCACCAACAAGCUCGGACAUGCCCAGUCUUCUGUUAAACUCAACGUUAAAUCAAAAUCCUCUAUCAUCCGAGACACUCAGCACGAGGGAGCACUCCAGAAGAUCCAGUAUCUGGAGGAUGAGUCUCGCUACAAGCGCACAACCACAGAGGAGGUGGCUGUUGCGGAGAAGCCACAGUUUGGUCGCCCACUCAAGAACAUCGAACAUCUGCCUGAGGGUCGCAGCGCUCAUCUGGAGGCCACCCUGACACCUGUCAAUGAUCCCACCAUGAAGGUGGAGUGGUACUGCAAUGGCAGGCCUAUUCCUCAAGGACAUCGUUUCAAGACUACAUAUGACUUUGGCUUUGUGGCCUUGGAUAUUCUCUAUGCCUAUGCAGAAGAUUCUGGCACCUAUAUGUGCAAGGCGAGGAAUGCCGUGGGAGAAGCUGUCACCACUUGCUCUGUCACUGUUGAUUCCAAGUCCGGACUACAAUUGGACACCCUGGACGAACAGAGACUCCAGAAGAUCCGAGACCUGGAGAACUACCAGAGACCAGAGAAGGUAGAAGUGGAACCAGUCGGCCAGAAGCCUGUGUUCAUCACACCACUCAACAGCUUAACUGCUCUGAAGGAGGGUGAUCAUGCUCACUUGGAGUGCAGAGUGGAGCCUAUUAAUGAUCCAAACAUGAAAAUUGAAUGGUUUGUGAAUGGAGUUGCCAUCCGAGCAGGCCAUCGCUUCCGCACAACUCAUGACUUCGGCUAUGUAGCCUUAGAUGUACUGUACACUUGGGGCGAAGAUACUGGCACCUACAUGUGCAAGGCCAGCAACUUGCUGGGAGAGGCUAUCAACACUACUACCAUCAACGUGCAAUCUCGCCGCAGUGUCUACCUUGACACUCAACAUCCUGAGGGACUGGAGAAGAUCCGAGAGCUGGAGGCUCAAGGUCAUACUGCUCGAUUGGAGAUUGAGGAACCAGUCCCCACUCCACCCAAGUUUGUCACUGAGCUCAGAGGAACAACGGAAGUAAUGGAAGGGGCAACUGCCCACUUUGAGUGCCAAGUGGAACCUCUUCAUGACUCUAACCUGAGAAUUGAGUUCUACCACAAUGGCAAGCCUCUGCCAUCUGCUUCUCGGUUCCACAUCACAUUUGACUUUGGCUAUGUGGCUCUGGAUAUUGGCCACUGUGUGCCAGAGGAUGCUGGAGAGUACAGCGUCAAGGCAAUUAACAACCUAGGACAGUGUACUUCAUCUAUUAACCUCAAGGUCAUCGCCAAGGGUAGUAUCAUCCUGGAUUCUCAGAGACCGGAAGGUCUGGAGAAGAUCCGUCAACUGGAGGAGGCUCAGCCAUUCCAGAGGCCAGAGGUUCCUGAGCCUGUUACCAGGCAGCGCCCUGUGUUCACACAGCCCUUACAGAACAUUGACUCCAUUGCUGAGGGUGCAACAGCUCACUUUGAGUGUCGUCUGAUCCCCGUUGGAGACCCUACUCUCAAGGUUGAAUGGUUCCGCAAUGAGAAACCUCUGGAGACCAGUUCCCGUAUCACCAAGACCCACGACUUUGGCUUUGUGUCCUUGGAUUUGACUCAUGUGCGCAGCGAGGAUGAAGGAGUGUACAUGUGUAGAGCUUCCAACGCUUUGGGAGAGGCUGUCACCACUGCGUCCAUGAAAAUCAAGACCAAGGCAGACAUCCAGCUUGAUACUCUCCACCAGGAAGGUAUGCGCAAGAUACAACAGCUGGAGUCUCGUGCACCAACACGCGAGGAUGAGCCUGAGCGUACGUUUGACAAGCCCAUCUUCACACAGCUGCUCACUGGUCCCUCAGAGCUAUGGGAAGGCCAGCAUGCUCACUUUGAGUGUCGGGUUGUGCCUGUGGGUGACCCUACCCUCCGGUUCGAGUGGUACGUCAACGGCGUUGAACUCAAGAUGGGUUCUCGGUUCCGCACAACUCAUGACUUUGGCUUUGUGACACUGGACAUCAUGUCCACAGUCCAGGAGGACUCUGGGGUCUACAUGUGCAAGGCCAUCAACAGAGCAGGGGAGGCUGUGUCUUCUGCUUCCCUCAAGGUCAAAGCCAAGUCCACCAUCAUGGGUGAGCCACUACAACCAGAUGCUUGGCAGAAGAUCCAACUGAAAGAGGCUGAGAUGAAUAAGGUGCCUCCAAUGUUUGUGGACACGACACCCCAACAGGCUCCAGUAUUCACCACACACCUGCAGAGCAUGGACAAACUGACGGAAGGUCAACAUGUGUACCUGGAGGCCCAAGUCGAGCCUCGAACUGACCCGAACCUGCGCAUUGAAUGGUUCAAGAAUGGUCUAAGCCUCACCACUGGAGCCAGACUGAGGAGCACCUUUGACUUUGGCCUUGUGACCCUGUCCAUCAACUCUCUGAGAGCUGAUGACUCGGCUAUCUACACUUGCAAGGCUACCAACUUGCUGGGAGAGGCUGUGUCCACUUGCACACUAAAGAUUGAAGACAAGCACUGGUUGUUGGGCAAGCCCUUACAUCCAGAGGCCCUGCCCCUCAUUGAGGCCCUAGAAGGCCCUAAACCCAAGGCUCCUGAAGGACCUGAACCAGUGUAUGAGAACCCAGUCUUUAUCUCUCAUCUGAACAACGUAGAAUGCAAGGAGGGUGAAAAUGUUCACUUCGAGUGUCAUGUGGAACCUUCCAAAGAUCCUACAAUGAAUAUCGAAUGGUACGUGAACGGCAAGCCAUUGCCCAGUGGAUCUCGCUACAAGUCAACAUAUGAUUUCGGCUAUGUCUCAUUGGAUAUCAAUCACGCAUACGCUGAGGACUCUGGUGUUUACAUGUGUAAGGCUACCAACAGCAAGGGCCAAGCCUCCACUUCCGGUUCUCUCAGAUGCACUGGUGACAAGGACAUCUACCUGGACACGCAGCACCCACAGGGCCGUGCAGGUCUUGAGAAGGUCCAGGAGGUGGAAGAUGCAGUAGCGGGCAAACUCCUCAGACAACCGUCUGUCCCUGAUGCUGCCUUCCCCAAGCCGGUCUGGACCGUUCCACUCAACCCAGAGUUCCAUCUCGGUGAAGCCCAGCCACUUCAUCUGGAGGGCAAUGUCGAGCCCAAGAAUGACCCUAAACUUAAGAUUGAGUGGUUUUUCAAUGGCAAGGCUCUUGAGCAUGGAUCACGUUUCAAGAUGACAAGUGACUUCGGUUUCGUUACAUUGGACCUGACAGACGUAUACGAACGUGACCAGGGCAUCUAUACAUGUAAGGCAUCGAAUCAGGCUGGUGAGGCGUUCACCUCCACCACCAUCUACUGCACUGGCAAGGAGGGUCUGAUUGAGCGCACACAGCAUCCCAAGGGUGAAGAGGGAUUGGGAAAGAUCCAGGAUCUGGAGGAGUCCUUGCGAAGACAAGAGGCUGGGCUUCCAGAGUCUGAACUGGGACAACCACCUGUCUUCACAUCUCAGUUCCAGAACUUGAGCAACCUCAGUGAGGGUGAAAUUGCUCACUUUGAGGCAUCACUGACACCAGUUGGUGACCAGACUAUGGUGGUUGAGUGGUUCUACAACGGCAAAUCUCUGGAAGCCAGCCACAGAACUCGUACUGUCCACGCUUUUGGCAUGGUGGUCUUAGAAAUUCUUGGUACUAAGAUAGAGGAUUCUGGCACCUACACAUGCCGCGCCACCAACAAGUGGGGACAGGCUGAGAUUAGCGUGCAGCUAGAGUGUAUCGACAAGUCCAAGGGCCAGAAGCCACAGUUCACCACUCAAAUACAGAAUGUGGAAGGCUUGAAGGACGGUGACUCCGCCCACUUUGAGUGUACCCUGAUCCCCGUUGGAGACCCUCACAUGAAGGUGGAGUGGUUCCACAAUGGCAAGCCCCUGCGCCAUUCCACUAGGAUCAAGUCUGUCUCUGACUUCGGCUUUGUUGUGUUAGAUAUUGCUUACACCCAGAGCCAUGACAGUGGAGAAUAUGUGUGCAAAGCCAGCAACAAAUAUGGAGAGGACUACACAAAGGCCACUAUCCGAUGUGUUGGUAAGGGUGGAGUGUACCUGGAUACUCUCCAACCGGACUCCUUGGCUCGAAUACGCGAGCUGGAACUUGGACAGGGUGGGCCAGCUCAAGCUCCUACCACUCCAGUGCUGGAACCACCAGUAUUCCACACCCAGAUCAAGGAUGUCACCAACCUGAAGGAGGGCCAGAGUGCUCACUUUGAGGCCCGGCUUACUCCUGUACAUGACCCAGACCUUGUGGUUGAAUGGUAUUUCAACGGUAAGAAAUUGCCUCAUGGCCACCGCUACAGAACAUUCCAUGACUUUGGCAUUGUGAUCCUGGACAUCUUGUACUGCUAUGAGGAGAACUCUGGGGAAUACGAGUGUAGGGCGGUCAACAAGGUGGGACAGGACUCCACUAAGGCCACUCUCAAGUGUAUGUCCAAGGCCAGUCUGAUCUUAGAAAGCCAACUGCCUCAGGGCAUGGAGGGAGGAUUAGAAAAGAUCCAGAACCUGGAAGAUUCCAUGAUUCGUACCAGAGAUGAGAGAAUAACUGAAGAGAGAGGUCAAGCUCCAGUGUUCACUGUGCCCCUGGCCAACAUCGACAGCCUGCGAGAGGGAGAGAGCGCUCACUUUGAGGGUCGACUUACCCCCACCAACGAUCCUAGGCUGAAGGUGGAGUGGUUCUGGAAUGGAAAACCACUGAAGACUGGCUCCAGAUUCCGUACAUUCUGUGACUUUGGAUUUGUCAUCCUUGAAAUCUCUCCAGUUUACCCUGAAGACUCUGGAGAGUAUUCUUGCCGAGCUUUUAACGAGUAUGGACAAGCCGUCACAACUGCCACAAUGAAGGUACAAGGCAAGCGCAGCAUCAUCCUGGAGUCACAGUUGCCCAAGGGUAUGGAGAGCACGAUAGACAAGAUUGCGGAGCUGGAGGGUCUAGGACAAGCGCCGGCUGCUCUGACACCUGAGGCUGACUCUGGCAAGCCUCCAGAGUUCAUCACAACUCCGGCUGAUCUCACGCUGGCUGAGAACCAGCUCGCCCACUUUGAGUGUCGCCUUACUCCAGUCAAUGACCCCAGCAUGCGAGUUGACUGGUUCCACAAUGGCAAGCCACUCUGGGCCGGCUCCAGAGUCAAGACCAUCAACGACUUUGGGUUUGUGAUCCUUGAAAUUGCUGGAUGCUACAUAAGAGAGUCUGGCUUGUAUACAUGCAAGGCCACUAAUAAGCAUGGAGAGGCAUCAGUCUCCUGUAAGCUGCAGGUUCACGGAAGACAAGGAAUCAUCAUGGAACCUCAACUACCCUCCAAUUUCCGUACAGGCACAGAAAGUCUGCAGAAGCUGGAGGAGUCCCUGUACAAGCGGGAAGAGAUCCAGGCUGACACAGAACAGCCUAAUCCACCAAAGUUCAUUGUGGAACUAAAGGAUGCUGAGGCAACAGAGGCUGGCCCGGCACACUUUGACUGCCGCGUAGAACCAGUUGGUGACUCAUCAAUGCGUAUCGAUUGGUUCUUCAAUGGCCGUCCAUUCGCUACAGGGUCUCGAGUGCACAUGCUGAAUGAUUUUGGUUUCAUCGUACUAGACAUGGACUAUGUGUAUGCCAGAGAUGCCGGAGAGUACAUCUGCCGUGCCACCAACAAGUGGGGCACUGCCACCACCAAGGCCAAGCUUGUCUGUAAAGCCAAACAUGACAUCGUGCUGGAGUCACAGCUGCCCCAGGGUAUGAGCGGGGAGAAGCUCAAGGAACUGGAAAAAGGACACAUUCCCGAGGCCAAGCCUGAAGAGAAGAUUCCUACUGAGCCUCCAAGGUUCAUCACUCAGAUCGAGUCAGUGAGUGUGGGUGAGGCUGAGCCGGUACACUUUGAGUGCAGGGUAGAGCCCAAGAAAGACCCGAACCUGCGAAUUGAGUGGUACCGCAAUGGUAAACUUCUGCCAACUGGUCACCGCUAUCGUAGCAUCUUUGACUUGGGCUUUGUGUCCCUGGAUAUCCUCUACGUCUAUCCAGAAGACUCGGGCGAGUAUGUGUGCAAGGCCAUCAACAAUUACGGGGAGGACACCACCAAGGCUACCAUAUCGUGCAAGAAGAUCCCAAUGAUCAUCCUUCAGAGCCAGGUGCCCAAAGGCAUGAAGAGGUCAGAGGCCUUGAUGCAGAUGGAAGCCACCAUUAAAAAAUACACUUCAGAGGUCCAUCUUACUGAAGACGAUUUGUACGAGCACGAGAAGAAACAGCCUCCCAGGUUUGUUACUCAAAUUGUGGACCAAACUUCGUUGGUUGAGAUGCAGUCCACCAAAUUUGAGUGCCAGCUGGCACCAGUGGGAGACCCCAACAUGAAGGUGGAAUGGUUCCUCAACGGGAAACCACUACCACACAAGAAUCGUUGUACACCAAUUUACGAUUUUGGUUAUGUUGCGAUGAACUUUGGCUGGGUGUACCCAGAGGACAGUGGGGAGUAUCUGUGUAGAGCUACUAACCUUUAUGGUAUGGACGAAACAAGAGCGGUCAUCAAGACAAGUGGCAAGCCUGGCAUCAUCUAUGACUCCCAACUGCCUAAGGGUAUGAAAAGCAUAGAGAAAAUCAGAGACUUGGAGGCCGCUUGGCAAGUUCCACCGGAGAAGCCAGAGGACGAGGAGAAGCCCAGGGAAAAGCCAGUAUUUGUGACAAAGCCUGAACCAUUCACCACGAUAGAAGGCGACUGUGCACGGUUCUGCUGCAGAGUGACUGGCUAUCCUCGGCCUCGAGUCAUGUGGCUCAUCAACGGACACACUGUUGUUAAUGGCAUGCGUUACCGUCUCACCUAUGAUGGUAUGUGGCACCUUGACAUUCCCAAGACUCGCCAGUAUGAUCACGGCAAGAUAGAAGUUGUGGCGAGGAACUCCUCCGGUGAAACCAGAGUUGAGACCACUCUCACUGUCAACUCUCGCGGAGACGACUACCGUGGAGUACUCAAGAACUCGCCCAGACCAUGGUACGAUUCGGAGCUGAGCUCUUACCAGGCGGAGAGACAAGAAGGCGAGCUGGCACGAGUGUUCGAGGAGAGGGCUCAGCAGGAGAAGGAGAUCAUCUUGGAACAUGUUAAACCUAAGGGUGUGAAGGAGCAGCAGCCAGAGUGGACCCAGAUGGCCAAAAGCAAGAAGGGAGAGGAGUAUUACACCAAGCUGCGAGAACUGGAAGAGGAGCAGGUGGUGAAAGAGACUCGGCUGAGGGAAGCCACGCAUCAGUUUGCCAUUCCAGGCGAGAAGGUUGUGCAGAAGUCUCUCGCCCGUGGCAUGGCUGACAGCUAUGAAUCCAAUUUGGAGAAGCAGGAAGAACUGAUGCCAUGGCAGAAGGGAGUGCAGUUAAGACAGGUGAAACGGGAAGAGAAGCAGGAUGAAGUGGUCCACCAGAUCACCAAGGCACUGAGACAGACUCGUACAGAUUCUGCUCAGGAAGUGGCAGCCACAGAACAACGAGAGGAGAAGAGAGUGGUCAGACAACCCCCUGACCCCACACAGUCAGCAGUUCAUGGCAAGGAGGUGCAUGUUGCCACCCAGAAACAAGUCCAAAAAGAGAUCCAAGGUGACACUGAAAUCACAAGAAAGAUAACAGCAACUGAGACAACAGAGGUUGAGCACAAAGCAAAGGUUGAGGAGAGAGUGGUGCAAGGACAAGUUCAACCUGCAAAGCCGCCGGUGUUUACAAAGAAGAUCCAGCCAUGCCGUGCAUUUGAGCAGGAACAGGCCCGAUUCGAGGUGGAGUUUGAUGGAGAACCACUUCCCACCAUUAAGUGGUUCCGGGAAGAUUUCCCCAUCCAGAACUCUCCAGACUUCCAGAUCCACACUUUUAGUACGAAGUCCAUCCUAAUCAUCAGACAGGUGUUCAUGGAAGACUCGGGAGUGUUUGCUGCAGUAGCAGAGAAUCGUGGUGGCCGGGCCAAGUGCUCCGCUAAUCUGGUAGUGCAGGAGAGAAGACAGGCUGGGCGAGGCGGUGUCGUGCCUCCGAGCUUCCUUACCACCGCCCAGGGUACAAUCGUCAAGGCAGGCCAACUCGCUAGGUUUGACGCCAGGAUUGCUGGCACCAAACCCCUUGAUGUAUACUGGCUCAAGAACGGCAAGAAGAUUACACCAGACAUCCGCUACAAGACAUUAGAAGAAGACAACACUUACACACUGCUGAUCAUAGAGACUGUGCCUGAGGAUAGUGCUCAGUAUGAGUGCGUGGCCAUCAACUCGGCAGGGGAAGCUCGGUGUGAGGCUGAGUGCAUUGUGCAGGCCCCGUCCAGCCGGGCUCCCGCCAAAGCCCCACCCAAGAGCCCUGCUGACCAGGCUCCCACUGUCAUACAACCGCUCUCUGACCAGACCAUGAAGGAGGGGCAACCCGUCCUCUUCAGGUGCAAGAUUUCUGGAAAACCUGUGCCACAAGUGAAAUGGUUGAAAGGAGAUCAGCCAAUCAAGCCAUCCAAGUACUUCCAGAUGGGAAAGGAGGGUGACGUAUAUACACUGCGUAUCUCAGAGGUGUUCCCAGAGGAUGAAGGCGUCUACAAGUGUGUGGCUACAAGCCCUGGUGGGCAGGUGAUCCUGUCAGGAGCUCUGAGUGUACUGGCACCUGACAGCCAAGAGGUGGCCCCAACCCUGGCACGUAUGGCUGACGUCACUGUGCCUGAGGGUAGCCCCGCCCAGUUCCGAACACAAGUCUCCGGCAAGCCCACUCCCACUGUGCAGUGGUUUCGUGAGGGUGCUCUCAUCCCUCAGUCUCCUGACUUCCAGAUGAUCACUGAAGGUAACAACGUAUUGCUGCUGAUUGCCUCCACUUACGAGGAGGACUCAGGAACAUUCACCUGCAAGGCUACAAAUUCUGCGGGUCAAGCCCAGGUCUCGGCAAAACUCAUUGUCAAAAGGCGGUCAGCAGCACAUCAUCAAUCUUCUGUGCCAGAUGAGAAGGGUGGGAAAAAAGUGGCAACUAAAGGGGUUCCUGUAGGUCAGCAGCAAAUUCAACAACUGGAGUCAGACCAGUCCUAUAGUGAGGAGGGUAGCACAAGUGAUGAACCAAGUGAGGUAAUGGAAGGGUUCCUUCCAGAGGGGGAUGAGAGUUUACCGUGGAGAAAGCCUCGUAGGACAGAACAGACAGCACCUUGGCGACGUGGCUCAAGAGUUCGUGAUAGGUCUUUAGAUAGUCAGAUGGAAAAACAGCCAAAAUGGAAAAGACAGGCUAGAGACAGAUCUUUGGACACACAGCAAAUUGAGACAAGAAAGAAAGUGAUUCCGUGGACUGAAGAAAGCAUAAAGCUCAAGAAAUCUGUUACAGAAAAAACGAACAUUGAAAAGGAAAAGAUUGAAGAUGUGCAAUUAAAGCCAAUACAGAAGAUUUCAAAAGAUAUAAGCAAGGAAAGCAAAAUGUCAGAAGAUACUUUAUACAUGGAUAAGAAGGUUAAACCAUGGACUGAAGAAGAAGUGAAGUUAAGAAAAAUUUCAGUUGACAAAAAACAACCUGAGAAAGAAAAGCUUGAAGAAGUUCAAUUGAAACCAUUAAGAAAACUUUCAAAGGAAGUCGAUACGAUUGAGAGGAAGCUCUCAACUGAUAUUACAGCUGAUAAAAAAGUUACACCUUGGACUGAAGAAGAAGUUGUACUUAGAAAAGUGUCAGUAGAUAAAAAGCAAUUAGAGAAAGAAAAAAUAGAAGAAGUUCAAUUAAAACCAACAAAGAAACUUCCUAAAGACGCGGAUUCUAAGGAUCGCAAACAUUCUAUUGAUACAACUACUGAUAAAAAAGUAACUCCUUGGACAGAAGAAGAAGUAAAACUUAGAAAAAUUUCAGUUGACAAAAAACAACCUGAGAAAGAAAAGCUUGAAGAAGUUCAAUUGAAACCUACAAAAAAGCCAAAGGAUAUUGACAUUUCAGAAAGAAAAUAUUCUAUUGAUAAUGUAGCACCUGAGAAAAAGGUGACCCCAUGGUCAGAAGAAGCAUUAAAACUAAGAAAGGUAUCAGUUGAUAAAAAAGUGCCUGAAAAAGAAAAAAUUGAAGAAGUGCUUUUGAAACCAACAAAGAAAUCUUCAAAAGGUGUUGAUGAUGUUCAAGAAAGAAAACAUGUUCCAGACCAUAUAGUAUCUCAAGAAAAAGAAGAUACAGUGAAAAAGAUGCCAGUAGACAAGAUGAAAAUUGAAGACACUUCUUUUGAAACAGAUGCAUAUAAAUCUUUAAAACUCACUCAGGCAGAACAGUCAGAAAGUGAAGAUAUUUAUGAACAUAAUAUAACGGAUGAAACUUUGAAAGCUCAGCAAGCCAUUAAAAUUAGAAGAGCAAAACAGCACAUUGGCAGUGUACUGAAAACUGCUGUUGAAAAAGAUACUAAACUAAUCACAGAAAAAGAAAGUGAACAGAUAGAAACAAUAGAAAUAGAGCAGGAAAUUGAGACAAAAAAGAAAAUAGAUGGUAAAGAAACAUUAGAAGAAGAUAGGACUCAGCCACGAAAAUUACCAUGGCAGAGAGGAAGAUCAAAAAUUAAAGAAGAACUAUCCGAAGAAGCAUUACUACCCAAGCAAAGAUCUGAUUCCCCAAACUUUGUACCAGAAGAAAUACAACCUGAGUUGCCCCUUGAAGAGAAAUCUAAAGUUCCCUGGAUGCAGGAAGCCAUGAAACUAAAAAAAUCACCAAUUCAGAAAACUGAAAUUAUCAAGGAGAAACUUGAAAGUGUUCAGUUAAAACCACUAGGACCUAAAGUCACAGAAGAAAUGCAAUUUGAUUCAGAAAAUGAAGCAGAAAAAACAAUGAUAAAAAUCAAAUACAAGAAAAAGCCAACAAAGAAAGAGGCAGAACUUGAUUCUACCUCUCUAUUAACAGAUGCAUUAGAAACAAAAGUUCAGGAAUCUGAAAUCACUGUAAUGAAUGUAGAUACAAAAACAUAUGAAACAGAAACGCCAGAAAGUAAAUCUGAAGAUGAGCAUCAUAUGAAGUCAACAAAGAAGCAUGUGAAAUUCAUUCCAGAACCUAAAAUUGAAUCUUUGGAGUCAUUUGGGCUUAAAGAAGAGUACAUAGAUGUUAAAGCUUCAGAAAUGGAUUCUGCUAAAAUUACCAAAAAGGGAAUAAUGAAAAAAUCUCAACAUGAAGAUUUUCAAGAAAAGACAUUACUUGAUAUAGAGGUAAAAGAAAUUUUUAAAUCAAAGCAUGAUAGAGAGGUGAGCCCAAUUGAACUGUCAGAUAAACCAACACUUCCAUGGAGGAGAGGGAAGCAACCCAAAGAGAGUAUUGUGCCUGAAGAAUUGAAAGUUUUAGUUAAACCAGAAGAAGCUCUUGAUAAACCUGAAGAUAGUAAAGCUCAGUUACCUUGGAGAAGAAAGAAGGAAGUAACUGAAGAAGAAAAACAUAAACUGUUAAUACCUUCUGAAAAAAGUCCUCAGUUAAAAGAAGAAAAACCUUCAGAUGAACAAAUUGUGGAGAAUGUAGAAGAAGUAAAGGAACAUGAGACUGAUAAAAUGUAUAAAACACCUUGGGGUCCAAGACAGUCUAAGAAGAAACCUGAAGUUAUAGAUAGUAUUGUUGAUAAAACAGAUUUUAAGGCUGUUGAGACAAAUGAGACUGUAUUGACACCUUGGGGAAAGAAAAAAAUGUCAAGUAGUUCAGAACAAAAGCCACAAGAGUUGAUACCUGAAACUAAAACUGAUAAUAUAACUCAGGAAUUUCUGAAAUCUUCUGACAAAACUAUUGAAAAGCAAGUAGUUCAGGAAACAGACCUACCUUGGAGAAAACAGAAAGUCAGUAUACCUGUUAACCCUGAAAUAAAUGAAGAGGGUGUACUGGAUGAUUUAAAACACAAAGUCUACAAACCAGAUAGCACGACACCAGGUACAUCUAAAAUUAAUUUAAAGAAAUCUGUGACUGAACAAACUGAGGCUACAGGAGAAGACCAACCUGAAAAACAAACGGCUUUGCCACCAUGGAGGAGACGUAAGCCUGAGAAAAAAGAAACUAUUCCUGAAAAAGAGAUACCUUUGGAAAAGUUAAAAGAUGUUGUACCAAAAGAAGAAGAAGAUAAGAGGCAAAGGGACAAAGCUACAAAACCUGAUAAGCCAGAGGAACCUGAAGGAAGGACACUAAAAAUGGGCAAAGGCAAAUUACCAGGGCCUGAGGCUGAACCAGAAUCUGUGAAAUUGAAGAAAGUUCCCAAGAAGCCUGGUGAUGAUAAACCUGAAGAUGAAGAGAAACCAAAGAAAAUUAUCAAAGAAAAACCUCUACAAUCAAAGCCUGAAGAUGAUGUUAAAUUCAAAUUAAAACCACUGAAAGAUAUUCCUACAGGGGAGGAACCACAACCUAUCCUACCAGAUGAAAAACCAGAAGAAAAGGUAAAAGAUGAUGUAACAAAAGAAGAAAAAAAUAAAAGGCAACGGGACAAACCUACAAAACCGGAUGAGCCAGUAGAUGAUAGAAAACUGGUAAUGGGUAAAGGAAAGAAACAACCUGAAGAAGAAGAAAAAGACAUUAACUUAAGAAAAAAGCAAGGGCCACCAAAAGAAGAAGAACCAGAGAAAAUACAACUAAAACCAUGGAAGAAAGAUAAACCUGAGAAAGAAAAAGAUGACAAAGAAAUUUCAGUAGGCAAACCUAAACCUUCUGAUAGAAAAUCUGAUGAUGAAGAUAUACCAAUGCCAGAGUUUGAAGACGUUCCCUCAAAGAAGAAAAAGAAAAUUAAGAAAAAACAAUCCAAAGAAGGAGAUAUCCCCUCUGAUACUCCUGGGGAAUUGAAUGAUGAUGAUGUGACAGGUGAUGUACUGCCAGAUAUGGAUGUACAUGAACCUGUUGAUUUAGAGAAACCUGUGCCCAAGAAAUCUGAGGCUGUUGAAGAUGACCAACCUGAAAAACAAACAACUGUACCACCUUGGAGGAGACGUAAGCCUGAUGUAAAAGACACUAGUCUUGAAAAAGAGAGUCCAUUAGUAAAGGAAGAAGAAAUACCAGAAAAAACUAAGAAAAAGAAAACCAAAAAGAAAACAGUGAAAGGGGCACCAGAGGAUGUCGGAGAAGAAGAAGGUGUUGAGGUGUUGGCAGAUACUCAGCCUGACCAGUUGAAAAAGGAAAAACCAAAAUUACAGAAGUUAGAAAGAAAAGAAAUCAAACCUUCUAAAUUAGUUAUAACCCCAGUUGAAGAGUCACCUCUGUUUGCAUCAGUAAAACUAAAGAAGGUACCUACAAGACCUAAAAAAGAAAUUGAGUCUGUAAAGAUACCAAAAGUCAUGUUGAAAAGCAGAAUUCAACAUUUUGAGUAUCCACCAAUUGAACAGUACCCUGUGAUUAGUGAACUUGAACCAGUAUACGUUGACAAUGGUAUUCUAUCCAGAAACUAUGAAGAGGCCAAAACCAUUAAGAAAACUAAGAAAAGACGUGUCAAGUUGCCAGAACUAGAAAAACCAGAACUAGAAACUUAUGUUCCUUUUGAAGAUGAAGGGAAAAAACCUGCAAAAGAAGAUGAUGAAGCAAAAAAAUUACCAAAAGACAAAAAACCCAAGGACACACCAGGGGAACCUGAAGGAAGAACGCUAAAAAUGGGCAAAGGCAAAUUACCAGGGCCUGAGGCUGAACCAGAAACUGUGAAAUUGAAAAAAGUUCCCAAGAAGCCUGGUGAUGAUAAACCUGAAGAUGAAGAGAAACCAAAGAAAAUUAUCAAAGAAAAACCUCUACAAUCAAAGCCUGAAGAUGAUGUUAAAUUCAAAUUAAAACCACUGAAAGAUAUUCCUACAGGGGAGGAACCACAACCUAUCCUACCAGAUGAAAAACCAGAAGAAAAGGUAAAAGAUGACGUAACAAAAGAAGAAAAAAAUAAAAGGCAACGGGACAAACCUACAAAACCGGAUGAGCCAGUAGAUGAUAGAAAACUGGUAAUGGGUAAAGGAAAGAAACAACCUGAAGAAGAAGAAAAAGACAUUAACUUAAGAAAAAAGCAAGGGCCACCAAAAGAAGAAGAACCAGAGAAAAUACAACUAAAACCAUGGAAGAAAGAUAAACCUGAGAAAGAAAAAGAUGACAAAGAAAUUUCAGUAGGCAAACCUAAACCUUCUGAUAGAAAAUCUGAUGAUGAAGAUAUACCAAUGCCAGAGUUUGAAGACGUUCCCUCAAAGAAGAAAAAGAAAAUUAAGAAAAAACAAUCCAAAGAAGGAGAUAUCCCCUCUGAUACUCCUGGGGAAUUGAAUGAUGAUGAUGUGACAGGUGAUGUACUGCCAGAUAUGGAUGUACAUGAACCUGUUGAUUUAGAGAAACCUGUGCCCAAGAAAUCUGAGGCUGUUGAAGAUGACCAACCUGAAAAACAAACAACUGUACCACCUUGGAGGAGACGUAAGCCUGAUGUAAAAGACACUAGUCUUGAAAAAGAGAGUCCAUUAGUAAAGGAAGAAGAAAUACCAGAAAAAACUAAGAAAAAGAAAACCAAAAAGAAAACAGUGAAAGGGGCACCAGAGGAUGUCGGAGAAGAAGAAGGUGUUGAGGUGUUGGCAGAUACUCAGCCUGACCAGUUGAAAAAGGAAAAACCAAAAUUACAGAAGUUAGAAAGAAAAGAAAUCAAACCUUCUAAAUUAGUUAUAACCCCAGUUGAAGAGUCACCUCUGUUUGCAUCAGUAAAACUAAAGAAGGUACCUACAAGACCUAAAAAAGAAAUUGAGUCUGUAAAGAUACCAAAAGUCAUGUUGAAAAGCAGAAUUCAACAUUUUGAGUAUCCACCAAUUGAACAGUACCCUGUGAUUAGUGAACUUGAACCAGUAUACGUUGACAAUGGUAUUCUAUCCAGAAACUAUGAAGAGGCCAAAACCAUUAAGAAAACUAAGAAAAGACGUGUCAAGUUGCCAGAACUAGAAAAACCAGAACUAGAAACUUAUGUUCCUUUUGAAGAUGAAGGGAAAAAACCUGCAAAAGAAGAUGAUGAAGCAAAAAAAUUACCAAAAGACAAAAAACCCAAGGACACACCAGGGGAACCUGAAGGAAGAACGCUAAAAAUGGGCAAAGGCAAAUUACCAGGGCCUGAGGCUGAACCAGAAACUGUGAAAUUGAAAAAAGUUCCCAAGAAGCCUGGUGAUGAUAAACCUGAAGAUGAAGAGAAACCAAAGAAAAUUAUCAAAGAAAAACCUCUACAAUCAAAGCCUGAAGAUGAUGUUAAAUUCAAAUUAAAACCACUGAAAGAUAUUCCUACAGGGGAGGAACCACAACCUAUCCUACCAGAUGAAAAACCAGAAGAAAAGGUAAAAGAUGAUGUAACAAAAGAAGAAAAAAAUAAAAGGCAACGGGACAAACCUACAAAACCGGAUGAGCCAGUAGAUGAUAGAAAACUGGUAAUGGGUAAAGGAAAGAAACAACCUGAAGAAGAAGAAAAAGACAUUAACUUAAGAAAAAAGCAAGGGCCACCAAAAGAAGAAGAACCAGAGAAAAUACAACUAAAACCAUGGAAGAAAGAUAAACCUGAGAAAGAAAAAGAUGACAAAGAAAUUUCAGUAGGCAAACCUAAACCUUCUGAUAGAAAAUCUGAUGAUGAAGAUAUACCAAUGCCAGAGUUUGAAGACGUUCCCUCAAAGAAGAAAAAGAAAAUUAAGAAAAAACAAUCCAAAGAAGGAGAUAUCCCCUCUGAUACUCCUGGGGAAUUGAAUGAUGAUGAUGUGACAGGUGAUGUACUGCCAGAUAUGGAUGUACAUAAACCUGUUGAUUUAGAGAAACCUGUGCCCAAGAAAUCUGAGGCUGUUGAAGAUGACCAACCUGAAAAACAAACAACUGUACCACCUUGGAGGAGACGUAAGCCUGAUGUAAAAGACACUAGUCUUGAAAAAGAGAGUCCAUUAGUAAAGGAAGAAGAAAUACCAGAAAAAACUAAGAAAAAGAAAACCAAAAAGAAAACAGUGAAAGGGGCACCAGAGGAUGUCGGAGAAGAAGAAGGUGUUGAGGUGUUGGCAGAUACUCAGCCUGACCAGUUGAAAAAGGAAAAACCAAAAUUACAGAAGUUAGAAAGAAAAGAAAUCAAACCUUCUAAAUUAGUUAUAACCCCAGUUGAAGAGUCACCUCUGUUUGCAUCAGUAAAACUAAAGAAGGUACCUACAAGACCUAAAAAAGAAAUUGAGUCUGUAAAGAUACCAAAAGUCAUGUUGAAAAGCAGAAUUCAACAUUUUGAGUAUCCACCAAUUGAACAGUACCCUGUGAUUAGUGAACUUGAACCAGUAUACGUUGACAAUGGUAUUCUAUCCAGAAACUAUGAAGAGGCCAAAACCAUUAAGAAAACUAAGAAAAGACGUGUCAAGUUGCCAGAACUAGAAAAACCAGAACUAGAAACUUAUGUUCCUUUUGAAGAUGAAGGGAAAAAACCUACAAAAGAAGAUGAUGAAGCAAAAAAAUUACCAAAAGACAAAAAACCCAAGGACACACCAGGGGAACCUGAAGGAAGAACGCUAAAAAUGGGCAAAGGCAAAUUACCAGGGCCUGAGGCUGAACCAGAAUCUGUGAAAUUGAAAAAAGUUCCCAAGAAGCCUGGUGAUGAUAAACCUGAAGAUGAAGAGAAACCAAAGAAAAUUAUCAAAGAAAAACCUCUACAAUCAAAGCCUGAAGAUGAUGUUAAAUUCAAAUUAAAACCACUGAAAGAUAUUCCUACAGGGGAGGAACCACAACCUAUCCUACCAGAUGAAAAACCAGAAGAAAAGGUAAAAGAUGACGUAACAAAAGAAGAAAAAAAUAAAAGGCAACGGGACAAACCUACAAAACCGGAUGAGCCAGUAGAUGAUAGAAAACUGGUAAUGGGUAAAGGAAAGAAACAACCUGAAGAAGAAGAAAAAGACAUUAACUUAAGAAAAAAGCAAGGGCCACCAAAAGAAGAAGAACCAGAGAAAAUACAACUAAAACCAUGGAAGAAAGAUAAACCUGAGAAAGAAAAAGAUGAUAAAGAAAUUUCAGUUGGCAAACCUAAACCUUUUGACUCUACCCACCCAGAAGAUGAUUUUGGACCCAGCGAAGUGCUUGAUAGAAAACCAAGAAAAAAAGAUAAAACACCAGAAGAACCUAAAGAAGAACCUACAGAAACUUCUGAAGUCCCAACUCAACCUUGGAGAAAAAAGAAGCGUGUUCUGGUUUCAACACCUAAAGUUAUUCCCCAUGACGAAACUCUUGAAACUAAAUUAAUACCUACACAAGUCACUGACGUUACGGAUGAAACAAAACCUGCGGAAAGUGUGUCAGAAGAAAUGAAAUCUCUUGCAGCUGUAACUUUGAAACAAGAACAAACAAAAAUGAAGAAGCAAGAAAUUACAGAAGAAGCUGAAGUCGUUGAGGAAGUAACUUGGAGAAAAGAGUUGAAAGUAGCAACCCAGUCACAACGGAAACAACCAGAAAGACAAGGGGUUCUUGAGUUGGAUUAUGACAAACCUAUUGGUGAUCUAGAAAUCAUAUCUAAAAAGCGAAUGGAACAAAAAACUAUAAUUAAGGAGUCUGAGUCUCUGUUGCCCCCACGUUUCACUCACCGUAUUGAACCUAUUAUUACAGAAAAGGAAAAACCAGCGAUUUUUACUUGUAAAGUGGAAGGAGUCCCUUUCCCUGAACUCACUUGGUAUCACAAUGGCAAAGAAAUAAACCCCUCUGAGAGAAUCAUAAUGACAGUAACAGAAGAAGUUGCCACUUUAGAAAUUGAUGAGUCUGUGGUAGAAGACGUUGGUGUUUAUUCAUGUAGAGCUACAAAUCGUGCUGGGGUGGCAACAUGUACAGCAAAUCUCGUUAUUUUAGAAAAAGAAGAAGAUGGAAUUGCUCCCCAGUUCACGUUGCCUAUAAAGCCACAGGUGGCCAAGCGCAAGAAGACAGCGACGCUUAAGUGUGCUGUUGUUGGUAAACCAACACCUACACUUAAAUGGUUCCGAGCCAAUGAGGAGAUUGUACCAGAUGAAAAUCAUCAGCUGAGUUUCCUCCCAGAUACUAAUGAAUCAGUCCUGACCAUCGUGGAAGUGGAUGACCUCGAUGAGAGUAUAUACUCUGUGCAGGCUGUCAACAAAUUCGGACGUGCUGAGUGCAGAGCUAACAUCGUCCUCAGUGAAACUAAAGUUACUCCAAAACCAGCAGUGUUUGAGGCACCUAAGAUCACAAAGCCACUUCAAGCCUUGGUGGUACCCAAAGGGUCUACGGUCAAUUUAGAAGUGGAGUUCACAGGAGUGCCUGUGCCGGAAGUGAGGUGGUACCGCAACGGCAAAGAGAUUGUGCCAACUGCAGAUAUGGAGAUGCGUCCUGGUGUCACCACCCUGACUUUACGUGAUGUCAACAAGAAACUGACAGGAAAGUACGAGGUCAGAGCGAUGAAUCCUGCUGGGGAGGCACGGACUUCAGGCUCUGUUGGUGUCGCAGAUGUUGAAGAACUGUUGGAAAUGGAGGGAGUGAAGGCUCCUCGGUUCAUCCAGCCACUCCAGCCCCAUACUGUGGUGCCUGGAGAAGUUGUGAUGCUGGAGGUUCUCGUCCAGUCAUAUCCCACCUGCUCAUUCCAGUGGUUCCAGCACAACACACCAAUCAAAUCAAGCGUAGAGACCAGGAUAAUGUCUGACAAUAACCGAUCAGUACUAAUGCUGCCGGCUGCACUGAGUGAGAAUGCGGGCGACUACACGUGUCGUGCAGAGAAUGUCGCAGGCUCAGUCACAUGCAGUGCGACACUAAGCGUGACUCCGACCUGGGAGACAGUCACAGAGCUCCAGUCCCCAGUGUUCACUAUCACACCCACCCAUGCCAAAGUCAUGGAUGGUGAAGCUACUGAAUUCGUGGCUAAGGUGAUCGGUAAGCCCACCCCUGUGGUCAGCUGGUUCCACAAUGGUGAGCUGAUGCGGGAAAGCAAGCAAGUCAGCAUGUACCAAGAUACUGAGGGAACAUGCAAGCUCGCCAUCUCUGAAGUGUUCCCCGAGGAUGCAGGAUUGUACACCUGCCAAGCAGUUAACCCAGUUGGUGAAGCAGUCUGCGCCACUGCCCUUGUUGUUGAAGCCUACGAGUACGUUCCUGACUCUGAGAUAGCUUCCAUCACAGUCAACACUUCCCUGCUCACAGGUCAAAGUGGCUCUGAGGAAGAUCUGCUUGCAGACAAGGACAUACUGUCAGAGGUCUCAGAAGAGAAGUCAGACGAAGAGCUGGGAAGUGCUCCGUACUUUAUCACACCCUUACCCGAGGAAGUACAAGCAAGGGAAGGAGAGCUUUUGAGGUUAGAGGUCAAAGUGGAAGGAAACCCCAAGCCGAAGGUGCGAUGGUACAAGCAAGGUGUGGAGAUCGUUCCCAGCCCAGAGUUUCAGGUAGAGCAGUUGGAGGAUGGUACCAGUAUCCUGACAGUGACAGAAGUGUUCCCUGAUGAUGUGGGAGAGGUUAUGUGCGAAGCUCACAAUGAACUGGGUGUCGCCACAACAACAACAUUGCUCACUGUGCAAGGUAUUCUUGGAACAAAGGAGUAUCGUAAGCCUGAGUGGGUGACACACAUGGAGGAGCUACAAUCACAGCUAAAAGCUGCCACCAGUUCCCCCACAUUUAUACAAGAAAUCACUGAUGUUCGGUGCCAAGAGUUGGAGAGUGCCACUUUUGAGGCAGUAUAUGCAGGGACACCAACUCCAGACAUCAUCUGGUAUCACAAUGACAAGAUAAUAAGAAACACAAAGAAUGUGAAGUUGACCAUCAAGGAGAACAGGACCUCUGUGAGGAUACUGAAGGUGAAAGAGGAGGACGCUGGGACAUACGUGUGCAAGGCUACCAGUGAAGUAGGACUGGCUGUCACCAAGGCCAAAUUGCACUACACAGGUCUGACAUCUGAACAAAGGCGAGAAGUGGAGAUACGCCAAGCACAUGAAGAAAUGGAGAAAAUCAAGCUGGAGCAAACAAAGACAAUGAAGAAGAAGACUGAAAAGAAACAGGGUCAACUGAUUCUUACUGACAGGCACUCAAUUCAACAAGAGGAGCAACAAGUCAUGGAGUCUACCUCACAAUUUGUGGAAACAUCAGAAUCUGCGAGGGCAACAAUGAAGUUUGACAUCCAAGAGUCUGUAGAGGUGUCAGCAGUGGCAUCCUCCAAGAAAGUUGCAGACAAUGUAACUUUCAUGGAGGAAAAACCCGAGGAUGUGGCAAGAGUGGUGAGACCAGUGCAGGAGGCUACUACUGUGUCGGAAGUGACAACUCAAGAAGUCACCAAGAAGCUUAAGACUAAAGAUGCCCCUAAGGAGAAGGUGGAGGUGGUGACCACUCCCCAGGAGACGGUCACUAUCACCGAGGUUCAGCCAGAAUCAACAGUGCAGGAACUUACUGAGAAGAAGAUCAAAAAGAGACAAGCCAAGAAGGUUCAGAUCAGAGAACUGGUGGAAGCCAAAGAAGUUGAGGAGAUAAUGCACUUAGUGAACGCGGCUGAGUUCGGACCGGGGGAGACCCCCCUGAGGGAACUUGCAACUGUCGGUGUCUUGCUGAAGCACGGCAUGGCUGUAGAUGAGGUGGUCGCCCAAUACUCGGCAGAACAGUUCCCUGCAUUGCGCACCGCACCUGCGCAGUCGGCCAUGGUCCAGCUUGUGGAGCGAGAGGGGCAUAGCACACUUAUCGCAGAUGUGCUAACACAAGAGUCUACCAUGGAGCAGACGCUUGUUGGUGUCUUCGAGGCUUUCUUGCGCAUGAUCGAGCUCAAGCAUGCUACCAUUGAGGAGGUUCUUACAUUGUUUUCUCCCACCGAUUUCCAGACCCAAGCCUGGGAACACCACACCUCUCAGGUGGUAAUAGAGGAGUCAUCAGUCACACACACUGCUACUGUGACACAGGUCCAUACGCAAGAAAUGAAGACUCAGGUGACACGGAAAACUCAAGAAAUAAGACAUGAAGAGGAUCAAGAAAUCAUAGAGGAAACUCACAAGGAUGGAAUUAAACGAAGAGUCCAGUCAAAACUUCCCUUAAAAGAAGAGGUCAAGAUAACUGAUGUGACUGAAGAAGACAGAAGUUUAGUGACUGUUGCUGAGUCAAAGGCUAUUGUUAAACUACCUGAUGAACAGGAACAAAUAAUAAAGGAGAUUGAGGAAGAAGAAAUAACCACUGUGGAGAAAAAGGUCAAGAAAGGAGCUGAAGUAAAGAAAAAAGUUGUAAAGAAAACGGAAGAAGAAACUGAAGUUGUCAUAGAGGAGGAAGUUGAAAGAAAGAAAAAGAAAAAGAUACUGAAAGCAAAAAAACCUGUUGAAGAUGAAGAAGUAGUAAUUGAAGAAAUUACGGAACCAUUAGAUGUUGUACCUGCUCAACAUUUUAAGGGGCUUCCUUUAAAAACACCAACUCAAAUAAGUGAGACUAUACCAGAAGCAACAGUUAGUUUAAUUGGAGAUGUACCUGUUUCUGGAGUAAAGGGAAACCUAAGCAUUUUGACUUUCUCUGCAAUUGAGAAACAGGAGAUUCAAGGAACAGAAAAAGAAGAUGACAGACCUGAGUCUCUUUUGCCGGUUUCUGUCAAAGCUAAACCUGAAAUUGAUGUUAUUGAGCCUUAUAUUGUGAGUCAGCCACAAGUGGAGUCAAUAGCAGAAGAAUUCAGUGAAUCUUUUAAGCCAACAACCAAGGAAGCAAAUAGGGUCAUAAUGCCAAAUGAAGGUUUAGUUGUGAGUGAAACUCGGGUUGAUCAAACUGUAGUAAACACUGAAAUUGUUAAAAAAGAAGAAAUUCGUGCAACACUCUCAAUGUUAUUACAUGAAGCUAAAACAAUAAGUGAAACACAGACAUCACAAAAGACUGGUGAUUUUGAGGAGCUGAAGAAACCAUUGCAAGUUGUGGCAAGUCCAGGUUUGACUUUGCAAGAGGGUAUCAAUGUUAUGGAAGUAACACAAUCUGUGAAAGAAGAAAAAUUGGAAGAUUUUGUUGUACAAAGCUUAGUUAAACCAAAGGUUGACAUUCUGCAGAGAGAAUCAGUAAUAGUUAGUGAAGUUUUAGCAGAGACUAAACCGAGCAAAUAUGUUCCAGAAUUAUUUGUGCCUACUGAGUCAGCAACAUCCACAAUUGUAGCUCAGAGAAACACUGCAUUCACUGAGGAAAUAAACCUCUCAGAAAAAGAAGGUGAAUAUCUUCCAGGUCGUUUGCCCCAAGGGCAGUUUGCUGGGUUACAUAUCUUACCAGAAGAAUCCAUUCUUGUUUCAGAGACAAAUAUUCAUGAGAAGGAAAUAUCAUUUGGGCCAGGGCAAAGACCUGGUGAAACAGUUGCAACCACAGGACUGAAUGUAUUAGAGGGACUCAUGGUUAGUGUGGUUCAACAUCAAGAUACAGAAGGUACUCUUGAAGUUACAAAACCAGAAACGAAAAAGGUUGAUAUCCAGUUUACAAAAAGAGAGAGUUUUUUCACAGAAGAAACUAAUAUUGCAGAGUCAGAGGUGACAUUCAGAGCUAAUGAAAUUCCUGGUGCUAAAACCGCUUCACCUUCAAUAGUAUGUUUGGAAAUUCCACGAGUAUCUGAAACAAUAACUGGUGAAGUAACUGAAGAAUAUAGUCCUUUGUCAAAGCCAACUGGAAUAGUUGCUGAUUUGAGCAUUCAGCCAAUUGAACCAAUAUCAAUAACAGAAAUUAAACCUGAAGAUGCACCAGCUGAAUUCUCAGAAGGAAUAAAAUACCGUACUGAUGCUGCCUCUACUAACUUUCAAACAUUGGAGUCUAAAGAAAUUAUAGAAGUUCAGGCUCAAGAUAGUGAGAAACCUAUGAGUGAUUUUGACAUUCCAACUUCUGUAUCUAUAAACAAAACUUAUAUAUCCAAGGAAGGAAUUUCUGUUUAUCAAACAGAGAUGAUAGAGAAAGAAGGAGAAUAUGCUCCCUUUAGCAUUCCAGAAGUUCAUACUGGUAAGGCAGUUACUUCACAGCCAAUGCAGUCCAUAAUUGUUCAAGAAAUCACACCUUCAAGUGAUGUUGAAAGUAUUUCCAAUGUACAACCACAUUCCGCACAAGCAAAACUUCAACAUACAACUUUCCAAGAAACUAUUGUGGAAGAAACUGUGAUUGGGGAGGCCUUGGCAAGGCAGAAAGAAGGCCUUAAAACUGAAGGAAAAACAGCAAGUGUUAAUGUACUAGAAGAGCAAAGUGUUGUAGUUACCGAAGUAAUUACUGAUUAUAAAGAGGAUCAAUAUACAAAGCCUCAACUUCCACAAGAGUGCUUUGCUUCUCAGUCACACUUACCACAAAGAGUAGCAGUAAAAUCAGAGGUACUACCAGAACAAACCAUUUCUCCAUUACAACAAAAAACACCUACAGCCAGUGUUGCUAAGACAGAACAGUUAUCAUUUGAAAGUUUAGUUAUUAGUUCAAUUGAAACAGCUGAAAGCGAAAGUGAGUUUAAAAAAGAAACUUUCCCAGUUACAAGUAAGGCUAAUAUUGAACUGGCAGACCAGUUUAGUGGAUUAAGCAUUCAAGAAAUCAUUAGUAACGAGAAAGAACUCGAACACAUUCCAUUAGAAAAACCUAUAGAAUCAAAGGCAUCCAAAUCAAUAACACUACACCACACUGCACUUCAGUCUCAAACAUUACCUGAAAUUAAUUUGGGAAAUAUCCCAAAAGUAGAGCACCCAACAGGUCGUGCCAAAGUAGACAGCACACCUUUUCAAGAAGUUAUUGUCACUGAAACAAACAUAACUGAAAUUGAAACAUCAUUGAACACAUUUAAACCAGAACUGAAAACUGCUUCAAUAGGCAUAAGGUCUGGAGAGAGUUUCUUAGUUUCAGAAGUUGUUGCAGAAGACAAAGAAGAUGUUUUUAAGAGUGCUCAGCUUCCACAGUCAAGAAAAGCCACUUUGAACUUAAGUGGACAAGAGGUGGCUGAACAUGAAGAAGUUAUGGAACUUAUCCAAGAAGGAUCUUGGGCAAGAGAAUCUCCAGUGAAAGAACAAGCACAGAUGAAACAAGAUACGAUCCAGUUAGCUGUGGCUUCCCAACUGGUUCCGAGUGAGAUGGAGGGGCAAUUUGAGGCCUCAUUCAAACCAUCAGAGAAAGUCGCUGCUGUUUCAUUUGUCGAAGGACAAAUAGAAGAAUUACACACACCCAAACACAGAGCUACUGAAGUCACUGAAGAAACACAUACGCACAGAGUAACUGAAUUAAAGGUAGACAUACUAACACUACAUACAUCCCAGGAAAAAACAGGUAAGAAAUCAGAUGACAUUUCAACACCAAUAAUGAUAAAAGAAGUUAAACACAUCACACAAGAAACAAUGGAAAUCCCAGUAACAAACAGGAAUAUUACCCAUGAAACAAAUACAGAACAUUCAAUAAUUGAAACAAAAACAAUUAUUACUAAAGAAGGAGAAAAGAAAAGAGUAAAGAAACAGAAAGUAGUAAAGAAAAUAAAAGAUGGCAAAGAAGAUAUUCAAGUAUUUGAAGAAACACCAGAAGAAGGUAUUCUUUUGGAUGAAGGAAGCCAAGUGUUACCAGAAAUCACUGAGGUUGUGCCAGAAAGAGUAGAUGAAAUGCCAGACCAAGUUGUCAUAACUGAUGUUGUAGUUAUUGCUCCUGAAGACACAAAAGUGAAGAAAACGCAUAAACGGGUGAUACAGAAGGUAAAGGAUGGCAAAGAAGAAGUAUCAACUCAACAGUCUUCAGAAGUGACUGAUAAGAAAAUGAAGAGGAAAGUGAAAAAGAAGGAAAUACCUUCAGAGGAGGAAGUAACAUUUGAAGAAGUGUCACCUAUCGAACCAAUAGAACAUGUCAUACCAUUGGUCUCUAAGGAAGAUGACCUGGCUGAGCAUACAACCAUCGAGACAAAAACCAUAAUAUCAAAAGAAGGGGAAAAGAAAAGAGUAAAGAAACAGAAAGUCGUAAGGAAAAUUAAAGAUGGCAAAGAAGAUAUUCAAGUAUUUGAAGAAACACCAGAAGAAGGUAUUCUUUUGGAUGAAGGAAGCCAAGUGUUACCAGAAAUCACUGAGGUUGUGCCAGAAAGAGUAGAUGAAAUGCCAGACCAAGUUGUCAUAACUGAUGUUGUAGUUAUUGCUCCUGAAGAUACAAAAGUGAAGAAAACGCAUAAACGGGUGAUACAGAAGGUAAAGGAUGGCAAAGAAGAAGUAUCAACUCAACAGUCUACAGAAGUGACUGAUAAGAAAGUGAAGAGGAAAGUGAAAAAGAAGGAAAUACCUUCAGAGGAGGAAGUAACAUUUGAAGAAGUGUCACCUAUCGAACCAAUAGAACAUGUCAUACCAUUGGUCUCUAAGGAAGAUGACUUGGCUGAGCAUACAACCAUCGAGACAAAAACAAUAAUAUCAAAAGAAGGGGAAAAGAAAAGAGUAAAGAAACAGAAAGUCGUAAGGAAAAUAAAAGAUGGCAAAGAAGAUAUUCAAGUAUUUGAAGAAACACCAGAAGAAGGUAUUCUUUUGGAUGAAGGAAGCCAAGUGUUACCAGAAAUCACUGAGGUUGUGCCAGAAAGAGUAGAUGAAAUGCCAGACCAAGUUGUCAUAACUGAUGUUGUAGUUAUUGCUCCUGAAGACACAAAAGUGAAGAAAACGCAUAAACGGGUGAUACAGAAGGUAAAGGAUGGCAAAGAAGAAGUAUCAACUCAACAGUCUACAGAAGUGACUGAUAAGAAAGUGAAGAGGAAAGUGAAAAAGAAGGAAAUACCUUCAGAGGAGGAAGUAACAUUUGAAGAAGUGUCACCUAUCGAACCAAUAGAACAUGUCAUACCAUUGGUCUCUAAGGAAGAUGACUUGGCUGAGCAUACAACCAUCGAGACAAAAACAAUAAUAUCAAAAGAAGGGGAAAAGAAAAGAGUAAAGAAACAGAAAGUCGUAAGGAAAAUUAAAGAUGGCAAAGAAGAUAUUCAAGUAUUUGAAGAAACACCAGAAGAAGGUAUUCUUUUGGAUGAAGGAAGCCAAGUGUUACCAGAAAUCACUGAGGUUGUGCCAGAAAGAGUAGAUGAAAUGCCAGACCAAGUUGUCAUAACUGAUGUUGUAGUUAUUGCUCCUGAAGACACAAAAGUGAAGAAAACGCAUAAACGGGUGAUACAGAAGGUAAAGGAUGGCAAAGAUGAAGUAUCAACUCAACAGUCUACAGAAGUGACUGAUAAGAAAGUGAAGAGGAAAGUGAAAAAGAAGGAAAUACCUUCAGAGGAGGAAGUAACAUUUGAAGAAGUGUCACCUAUCGAACCAAUAGAACAUGUCAUACCAUUGGUCUCUAAGGAAGAAGACUUGGCUGAGCAUACAACCAUCGAGACAAAAACAAUAAUAUCAAAAGAAGGGGAAAAGAAAAGAGUAAAGAAACAGAAAGUCGUAAGGAAAAUAAAAGAUGGCAAAGAAGAUAUUCAAGUAUUUGAAGAAACACCAGAAGAAGGUAUUCUUUUGGAUGAAGGAAGCCAAGUGUUACCAGAAAUCACUGAGGUUGUGCCAGAAAGAGUAGAUGAAAUGCCAGACCAAGUUGUCAUAACUGAUGUUGUAGUUAUUGUUCCUGAAGAUACAAAAGUGAAGAAAACGCAUAAACGGGUGAUACAGAAGGUAAAGGAUGGCAAAGAAGAAGUAUCAACUCAACAGUCUACAGAAGUGACUGAUAAGAAAGUGAAGAGGAAAGUGAAAAAGAAGGAAAUACCUUCAGAGGAAGAAGUAACAUUUGAAGAAGUGUCACCUAUCGAACCAAUAGAACAUGUCAUACCAUUGGUCUCUAAGGAAGAUGACUUGGCUGAGCAUACAACCAUCGAGACAAAAACAAUAAUAUCAAAAGAAGGGGAAAAGAAAAGAGUAAAGAAACAGAAAGUCGUAAGGAAAAUAAAAGAUGGCAAAGAAGAUAUUCAAGUAUUUGAAGAAACACCAGAAGAAGGUAUUCUUUUGGAUGAAGGAAGCCAAGUGUUACCAGAAAUCACUGAGGUUGUGCCAGAAAGAGUAGAUGAAAUGCCAGACCAAGUUGUCAUAACUGAUGUUGUAGUUAUUGCUCCUGAAGACACAAAAGUGAAGAAAACGCAUAAACGGGUGAUACAGAAGGUAAAGGAUGGCAAAGAAGAAGUAUCAACUCAACAGUCUACAGAAGUGACUGAUAAGAAAGUGAAGAGGAAAGUGAAAAAGAAGGAAAUACCUUCAGAGGAAGAAGUAACAUUUGAAGAAGUGUCACCUAUCGAACCAAUAGAACAUGUCAUACCAUUGGUCUCUAAGGAAGAUGACUUGGCUGAGCAUACAACCAUCGAGACAAAAACAAUAAUAUCAAAAGAAGGGGAAAAGAAAAGAGUAAAGAAACAGAAAGUCGUAAGGAAAAUAAAAGAUGGCAAAGAAGAUAUUCAAGUAUUUGAAGAAACACCAGAAGAAGGUAUUCUUUUGGAUGAAGGAAGCCAAGUGUUACCAGAAAUCACUGAGGUUGUGCCAGAAAGAGUAGAUGAAAUGCCAGACCAAGUUGUCAUAACUGAUGUUGUAGUUAUUGCUCCUGAAGACACAAAAGUGAAGAAAACGCAUAAACGGGUGAUACAGAAGGUAAAGGAUGGCAAAGAAGAAGUAUCAACUCAACAGUCUACAGAAGUGACUGAUAAGAAAGUGAAGAGGAAAGUGAAAAAGAAGGAAAUACCUUCAGAGGAAGAAGUAACAUUUGAAGAAGUGUCACCUAUCGAACCAAUAGAACAUGUCAUACCAUUGGUCUCUAAGGAAGAUGACUUGGCUGAGCAUACAACCAUCGAGACAAAAACAAUAAUAUCAAAAGAAGGGGAAAAGAAAAGAGUAAAGAAACAGAAAGUCGUAAGGAAAAUAAAAGAUGGCAAAGAAGAUAUUCAAGUAUUUGAAGAAACACCAGAAGAAGGUAUUCUUUUGGAUGAAGGAAGCCAAGUGUUACCAGAAAUCACUGAGGUUGUGCCAGAAAGAGUAGAUGAAAUGCCAGACCAAGUUGUCAUAACUGAUGUUGUAGUUAUUGCUCCUGAAGACACAAAAGUGAAGAAAACGCAUAAACGGGUGAUACAGAAGGUAAAGGAUGGCAAAGAAGAAGUAUCAACUCAACAGUCUACAGAAGUGACUGAUAAGAAAGUGAAGAGGAAAGUGAAAAAGAAGGAAAUACCUUCAGAGGAAGAAGUAACAUUUGAAGAAGUGUCACCUAUCGAACCAAUAGAACAUGUCAUACCAUUGGUCUCUAAGGAAGAUGACUUGGCUGAGCAUACAACCAUCGAGACAAAAACAAUAAUAUCAAAAGAAGGGGAAAAGAAAAGAGUAAAGAAACAGAAAGUCGUAAGGAAAAUUAAAGAUGGCAAAGAAGAUAUUCAAGUAUUUGAAGAAACACCAGAAGAAGGUAUUCUUUUGGAUGAAGGAAGCCAAGUGUUACCAGAAAUCACUGAGGUUGUGCCAGAAAGAGUAGAUGAAAUGCCAGACCAAGUUGUCAUAACUGAUGUUGUAGUUAUUGCUCCUGAAGACACAAAAGUGAAGAAAACGCAUAAACGGGUGAUACAGAAGGUAAAGGAUGGCAAAGAAGAAGUAUCAACUCAACAGUCUACAGAAGUGACUGAUAAGAAAGUGAAGAGGAAAGUGAAAAAGAAGGAAAUACCUUCAGAGGAAGAAGUAACAUUUGAAGAAGUGUCACCUAUCGAACCAAUAGAACAUGUCAUACCAUUGGUCUCUAAGGAAGAUGACUUGGCUGAGCAUACAACCAUCGAGACAAAAACAAUAAUAUCAAAAGAAGGGGAAAAGAAAAGAGUAAAGAAACAGAAAGUCGUAAGGAAAAUAAAAGAUGGCAAAGAAGAUAUUCAAGUAUUUGAAGAAACACCAGAAGAAGGUAUUCUUUUGGAUGAAGGAAGCCAAGUGUUACCAGAAAUCACUGAGGUUGUGCCAGAAAGAGUAGAUGAAAUGCCAGACCAAGUUGUCAUAACUGAUGUUGUAGUUAUUGCUCCUGAAGACACAAAAGUGAAGAAAACGCAUAAACGGGUGAUACAGAAGGUAAAGGAUGGCAAAGAAGAAGUAUCAACUCAACAGUCUACAGAAGUGACUGAUAAGAAAGUGAAGAGGAAAGUGAAAAAGAAGGAAAUACCUUCAGAGGAGGAAGUAACAUUUGAAGAAGUGUCACCUAUCGAACCAAUAGAACAUGUCAUACCAUUGGUCUCUAAGGAAGAUGACUUGGCUGAGCAUACAACCAUCGAGACAAAAACAAUAAUAUCAAAAGAAGGGGAAAAGAAAAGAGUAAAGAAACAGAAAGUCGUAAGGAAAAUAAAAGAUGGCAAAGAAGAUAUUCAAGUAUUUGAAGAAACACCAGAAGAAGGUAUUCUUUUGGAUGAAGGAAGCCAAGUGUUACCAGAAAUCACUGAGGUUGUGCCAGAAAGAGUAGAUGAAAUGCCAGACCAAGUUGUCAUAACUGAUGUUGUAGUUAUUGCUCCUGAAGACACAAAAGUGAAGAAAACGCAUAAACGGGUGAUACAGAAGGUAAAGGAUGGCAAAGAAGAAGUAUCAACUCAACAGUCUACAGAAGUGACUGAUAAGAAAGUGAAGAGGAAAGUGAAAAAGAAGGAAAUACCUUCAGAGGAGGAAGUAACAUUUGAAGAAGUGUCACCUAUCGAACCAAUAGAACAUGUCAUACCAUUGGUCUCUAAGGAAGAUGACUUGGCUGAGCAUACAACCAUCGAGACAAAAACAAUAAUAUCAAAAGAAGGGGAAAAGAAAAGAGUAAAGAAACAGAAAGUCGUAAGGAAAAUAAAAGAUGGCAAAGAAGAUAUUCAAGUAUUUGAAGAAACACCAGAAGAAGGUAUUCUUUUGGAUGAAGGAAGCCAAGUGUUACCAGAAAUCACUGAGGUUGUGCCAGAAAGAGUAGAUGAAAUGCCAGACCAAGUUGUCAUAACUGAUGUUGUAGUUAUUGCUCCUGAAGACACAAAAGUGAAGAAAACGCAUAAACGGGUGAUACAGAAGGUAAAGGAUGGCAAAGAAGAAGUAUCAACUCAACAGUCUACAGAAGUGACUGAUAAGAAAGUGAAGAGGAAAGUGAAAAAGAAGGAAAUACCUUCAGAGGAGGAAGUAACAUUUGAAGAAGUGUCACCUAUCGAACCAAUAGAACAUGUCAUACCAUUGGUCUCUAAGGAAGAUGACUUGGCUGAGCAUACAACUAUCGAGACAAAAACAAUAAUAUCAAAAGAAGGGGAAAAGAAAAGAGUAAAGAAACAGAAAGUCGUAAGGAAAAUAAAAGAUGGCAAAGAAGAUAUUCAAGUAUUUGAAGAAACACCAGAAGAAGGUAUUCUUUUGGAUGAAGGAAGCCAAGUGUUACCAGAAAUCACUGAGGUUGUGCCAGAAAGAGUAGAUGAAAUGCCAGACCAAGUUGUCAUAACUGAUGUUGUAGUUAUUGCUCCUGAAGACACAAAAGUGAAGAAAACGCAUAAACGGGUGAUACAGAAGGUAAAGGAUGGCAAAGAAGAAGUAUCAACUCAACAGUCUACAGAAGUGACUGAUAAGAAAGUGAAGAGGAAAGUGAAAAAGAAGGAAAUACCUUCAGAGGAGGAAGUAACAUUUGAAGAAGUGUCACCUAUCGAACCAAUAGAACAUGUCAUACCAUUGGUCUCUAAGGAAGAUGACUUGGCUGAGCAUACAACUAUCGAGACAAAAACAAUAAUAUCAAAAGAAGGGGAAAAGAAAAGAGUAAAGAAACAGAAAGUUGUAAGGAAAAUAAAAGAUGGCAAAGAAGAUAUUCAAGUAUUUGAAGAAACACCAGAAGAAGGUAUUCUUUUGGAUGAAGGAAGCCAAGUGUUACCAGAAAUCACUGAGGUUGUGCCAGAAAGACUAGAUGAAAUGCCACACCAAGUUGUUAUAACUGAUGUUGUUGUUAUUGCGCCUGAAGACACAAAAGUGAAGAAAACGCAUAAACGGAUGAUACAGAAGGUAAAGGGUGGGAAGGAAGAAAUAUUAACUCAGCAAUAUAAUUUUACUAAAAAUAAACUUGAACUUAUAGAAAUUAAACCAAAAAUGGUUGAAAUCAAAGAUUUAAGCCCCCAAUUUGCUUCAAUAAAAUUGAGAAAACCACAUUUAAAAAAAGAGAAUGUUAUGAAAUCAACAAGUGAGUUACCAAAGAUUUUACUUAAAAGUUUAUUAAGAAGAGUACCCUACCCUCCCACAUUACAGUUGUUAAAGAUAACAGAAUUACAUACAGUUACUUCAAAUGGAAUACUCUCGAGAAACUACGAAGAAGCUGUAAAAAUAAAAAAGAAAAAAAUUAAGAAAGUAAAACUUCCAGAAGAUGAGAAAGUAGAAUUGGAAGUAUAUGUUCCUCUUAUAAACCAAGACAAAUUAAUACCAAAAGAAAAAACUAAAGUUCUGAAUUUGAAAAAAGAAAAAAUUGAAAUCAAAGAAGUAAAACCUCUCAAAUUAAAAAUAGAAGAAAACAUUGUGGGACCUCCACAGUUUGCAGCAAUUAAAUUAAAGAAGACUUUAGUUGCAGAAAAGAAAGUAAUAAAACCUGCUACACAGUUACCAAAAGUACUACUAAAAAGUUUAAUUAAAAGAAUUCCUUACCCACCUGAAAUGCAUUAUUUGACUAUAACAGAGAUAAAUGUUGUUGUAGACAAUGGCAUUUUGUCAAGGAAUUAUGAAGAGGCAAUGAAAAUAAAGAAAAAGAAAAUAAAGAAGGUGAAACUUCCAGAUAUAGAAAAAGCUGAGUUGGAAGAGUAUGUUCCAUUUACAACAGACAAAGAAGAAAUUCCUAAGAAGCCAGAUGAAGUUAUAGAAAAAGCUAAACCUGUGCCAGAAGUAAAGGAAGACCAGCCUGAGGAAAGUAUUUCAAUAAAGAUUGGUAAAGGAAAAAUCCCUGAAAAAGAUGAACUUGUGGAUAAUGUUAAAUUGAAAAAAGUGCCACCAAAACCAGCUGAUGAAGAAGAGGUACCAGUGGAUAAAACCAAGAAAAUAAAACCACAUACUGAGAAACCAAAAGUAGAAGAUGAAGGUACUACCAUUAAAAUGACUCCAAUAAAGCCGUACGAUUCAAGUAAGCCGGAAGAGUUUGAUGAGCUGAAACAAACAGCUGAAGAAGAAAAACCAACUGAAAAAGUACCGGAAAUUAAAUUAAAGAAACCUAAAAAGGUUUUGGAUAAGCCUGAACCUGUGGUUGAAGAAAAGAAAUUGAUUUUAGGAAAACCAAAAGAACAACCGGAAGAAAAAGAGGAUGAUGUAUCAUUUAAAUACAAACAAGGUGAACUUCCUAAGCCAGAGCCAGAAGAAAUCAAAUUAAAGCCUUUCAUGAAAGAAAAACCAGAAGAGGAAAAGAUUGAUAAAGAGCUAUCACUUGAAAAACCAGAAUUUCCUGAAUCUCAAUCAGUUAUUGAAGAAGUUAAAUCAAAAGAGUUCAAAACUAAAGAUAAACCUAAGAAGAAGAUAAAAAAGAAAAUACCAGAUGAAGAAAUGCCUGAGGAACAAGUCCCAUUGGGUGAAGCACCAACUGAACCAUUGAAGCCAGAAGUAACAGAUGUCACUGAUGAAAUCGUUCCUAAACCAACUGAAUUAGGAAAAAAGAAGGAAGAAAAAGAAAAACCUAAACUAAUGAAGAUAGAACGUCUUGAACAGAAAGCUACAAAACUUAAAGUAGAGGAAGUGAAACCUGAAGAAUUGUUCUCUACAGUAAAACUAAGGAAAUCUUCGGUAGGUCCAAAGAAAGAGAUUAAACCAACUGAAGUAAAGAAAAUCUUAUUAAAAAGUUUAAUAAAAAGAAUUCCAUUUCCUCCACAGGAACAUAUUCCAGUAAUAACUGUUUUGGAAAAGGUUGAACUUCAUAGAGGUAUUUUAUCUCGAAAUUAUGAAGAAGCAAAGAAAGUAAAGAAACCUAAAUCAAGGAAGGUGAAACUUUCUGAACCAGAGAAAACUGAGUUGGAAAAAUAUGAACCUGGGCCGGAAUAUGUGAAACCUAAAGAAGACAAUGAUUUAGUUGCAGUUUUGAAACCUAAAGAUAAAAUAGGUGAUAUUGAAGUACCUGAAGAGGAAAUUAAACUUAAAAUCGGUAAAGGAAAAAUACCUGAAGAAGAUAUUCAAGACGAAACAGUAAAACUAAAAAAGAUUCCAGAAAAAACUAAAGAAAAACCUGUUGAUGUUACAUUGGUUAAGGAAACGCAACCAGCAGAGGAUGAAGUACCAGUAAAAGAAGUUACUGAUAAAGAGUUAAAACUAGAACCAUUGGCAGACUUGGAAAUUCCUAAACCUUCACGAGACAUUGAAUUGCCCUCAAAAUCCGAACCAGAAGAAGUCAAAGAGAAACCCAGGAAGGUAUCAAAGAAACAAAAAGAUAAAAAAAUGAAGGAAGAAGAUGUUUUAGCAGAAAAAGUAAUUGGUUUAGGUAAACCUGAAAAACAACAAUCCGAGUUUGAAGAGCCUGCAUUCAUUGUUGAAUUUCCCGAAGAUGGUAUUCCCAAUACCGAUAAUAUUGAAUUCUCUAGCAUACACACUUUAGAUGAUUUAUCUAGUUUACCAACUAACAUUUCACAAACAGAUGUAGGGGUUGUUUUAGAAGCUGAAGAUACAAAUUAUGUGAUUAUAACGGAAACCAAUAUCACUUUUGAUGAGGAUUUGAAUAGAACAGUUUCAAGAAAGAAAACUGUCAAAGGGUAUGAGAAUGGAAGGGAGACAAUUGAUAUCAUUCAUGACUUUCCCUCAAGUGAUAUACUUGUGGAGGACGUUAGUGAUUUUGAUGAUACAAAUGUUUUUCCAAGUGAAAUAAAAUUAGUGGAAAUUGAAACAGUCUACACAGAUAGUGAAGGGAACAAAAAGAUUAAACGUAAAGUUUUGAAGAAAAAAGUCAUAAAUGGAAAAGAAGAGACAAUUAUUACAAAUGAGAUUCCGGAAGAAACAAUAUCAGUUGAGCCUUUUCUUCAUACUGAGUCACCUAUUGAAAUUGCAAAUCUAACAGAGGUUUCAGAUCAUAGUUUACCCAUAAUUGACAAACAUAAUAUUCACUCUGAUGAAGAUUUAACUCCUGUUGAUAAAGGUUCUCUUUUGAUGGAUAUUUUGAGAAAGGUUCCUUUGUCAUUAAAACCUAUUACACCUUCCAAAACUAAAACCUCAAAAAAGAAAAAUAAGUCCAGUACAACCAUAUCAGAACCAACAUUUCCAUUCAAACAGUCUGAUGAUUUACCACAAGAACAUGUACCACAAGAAGGUAAAACAAACCUAAUUACACCAAUUGUAACCCAAUCUGUUUUAGAGCCUCUUGAAACAACUAAGGUAGUUGAUCAAAAUGAAACCGUGACAAAGGUAAGUGUUUUAGAUACAGAUAAAAUAGAAAAGCAUGGCCAGCUUUUAUGUGGUGAUAUGGCUGAUGUUAACUCUAACACAAUCCCAGAAAAUGUACUUGACACAUCAUUGAAACCACACAGUGAAUUUGAGAUUCAGAUACCAAGACAAGAUGAUAUCACGCAUUUACAUAAAAAAAUUCAUAAAUCAGAACAAUUAAAUGAGUCACCUAUGAAUGAACUUAACAAAACACAAAAUGAUGACGUGCCUUUGUCAAUUAAUACAUAUCCUAUUCAACAACAGGAACAUACAAUUUCAAAAGACAAUGACAAAGAAAUCCAAGAAGCUGCUCCAAACAAACAAACCACAAGUGAACCUUUUACAUCACAAUCAGAAUUACCUGAUAAUAAAUCAAACUCUUUUACAGGUCUUAAAGAAUCAACUAAGCCAUCAAAGCCAAGCACCUUAGUGCAACCUUCAACAAUAGAAUCUACUGAGGAGGAGAUACAAUCAAUUCCAUCAAUCACUCCAAAAGAGAAGAAAGCGCAAGUACAAGAAGUAUUGGGGGAUGUAAGUGAAGUAACAAUAACAAGCCAAGAAAUACAUGAAGCACCAAAGAAAAGAGGUAAGAAAACUAAAAUAUUACCAACAGAAGAAAAAGAAGUCAAAGAAGAAGAAACAAAGAUUGAAUCAGAAGAAGAUGUAAAUAAAAAGAAAGUGAAGAAAACAAAGAAAGAAAAAGAAGUGGAGGACAUAUUAAAUGUUGAAGAUCGAAAUAAACCACUUGCUCCUGAAAAACUCAAACUUAAAAAAGAAAAAAUAGAAGUUAAAGAAAUUAAGCCUCAAAAAAUCAAAAUUGAAGACAAGAAGGAUGAAACACCGCUGUUUGCAUCAAUUAAGUUAAAAAAGACUUCAGUUGCAGAAAAGAAAGACAUAAAACCUGCUGUACAAUUACCAAAAGUACUACUAAAAAGUUUAAUUAAAAGAAUUCCUUACCCACCUGAAAUGCAUUAUUUGACUAUAACAGAGAUAAAUGUUGUUGUAGACAAUGGCAUUUUGUCAAGGAAUUAUGAAGAGGCAAUGAAAAUAAAGAAAAAGAAAAUAAAGAAGGUGAAACUUCCAGAUAUAGAAAAAGCUGAGUUGGAAGAGUAUGUUCCAUUUACAACAGACAAAGAAGAAAUUCCUAAGAAGCCAGAUGAAGUUAUAGAAAAAGCUAAACCUGUGCCAGAAGUAAAGGAAGACCAGCCUGAGGAAAGUAUUUCAAUAAAGAUUGGUAAAGGAAAAAUCCCUGAAAAAGAUGAACUUGUGGAUAAUGUUAAAUUGAAAAAAGUGCCACCAAAACCAGCUGAUGAAGAAGAGGUACCAGUGGAUAAAACCAAGAAAAUAAAACCACAUACUGAGAAACCAAAAGUAGAAGAUGAAGGUACUACCAUUAAAAUGACUCCAAUAAAGCCGUACGAUUCAAGUAAGCCGGAAGAGUUUGAUGAGCUGAAACAAACAGCUGAAGAAGAAAAACCAACUGAAAAAGUACCGGAAAUUAAAUUAAAGAAACCUAAAAAGGUUUUGGAUAAGCCUGAACCUGUGGUUGAAGAAAAGAAAUUGAUUUUAGGAAAACCAAAAGAACAACCGGAAGAAAAAGAGGAUGAUGUAUCAUUUAAAUACAAACAAGGUGAACUUCCUAAGCCAGAGCCAGAAGAAAUCAAAUUAAAGCCUUUCAUGAAAGAAAAACCAGAAGAGGAAAAGAUUGAUAAAGAGCUAUCACUUGAAAAACCAGAAUUUCCUGAAUCUCAAUCAGUUAUUGAAGAAGUUAAAUCAAAAGAGUUCAAAACUAAAGAUAAACCUAAGAAGAAGAUAAAAAAGAAAAUACCAGAUGAAGAAAUGCCUGAGGAACAAGUCCCAUUGGGUGAAGCACCAACUGAACCAUUGAAGCCAGAAGUAACAGAUGUCACUGAUGAAAUCGUUCCUAAACCAACUGAAUUAGGAAAAAAGAAGGAAGAAAAAGAAAAACCUAAACUAAUGAAGAUAGAACGUCUUGAACAGAAAGCUACAAAACUUAAAGUAGAGGAAGUGAAACCUGAAGAAUUGUUCUCUACAGUAAAGCUAAGGAAAUCUUCGGUAGGUCCAAAGAAAGAGAUUAAACCAACUGAAGUAAAGAAAAUCUUAUUAAAAAGUUUAAUAAAAAGAAUUCCAUUUCCUCCACAGGAACAUAUUCCAGUAAUAACUGUUUUGGAAAAGGUUGAACUUGACAGAGGUAUUCUAUCUCGAAAUUAUGAAGAAGCAAAGAAAGUAAAGAAACCUAAACCAAGGAAGGUGAAACUUUCUGAACCAGAGAAAACUGAGUUAGAAAAAUAUGAGCCUGGGCCGGAAUAUGUGAAACCUAAAGAAGACAAUGAUUUAGUUGCAGUUUUGAAACCAAAAGAGAAAAUAGGUGAUAUGGAAGUACAUGAAGAGGAAAUUAAACUUAAAAUCGGUAAAGGAAAAAUACCUGAGGAAGAUAUUCAAGAAGAAACAGUAAAACUAAAAAAGAUUCCAGAAAAAACUAAAGAAGAACCUGUUGAUGUUACAUUGGUUAAGGAAACACAACCAGCAGAGGAUGAAGUACCAGUAAAAGAAGUUUCUGAUCAAGAGUUAAAACUAGAACCAUUGGCAGACUUGGAAAUUCCUAAACCUUCACGAGAUAUUGAAUCACCCUCAAAAUCCGAACCAGAAGUCAAAGAGAAACCCAGGAAGGUAUCAAAGAAACAAAAAGAUAAAAAAAUGAAGGAAGAAGAUGUUCCAGCGGAAAAAGUAAUUAGUUUAGGUAAACCCAUAGAACAACCACUACCUGAAGAGGAAUCCAUUAUAUUAAAAAAGCCUAAGCAAACAGAACCAGUAGAGAUCACUGAUGAAAAGGUGAAUUUAAAACUACGUGAUAAGAUAGCUUCUACAGAUGAAGUUUCAAGUGAACAGAUUACCAUUAAGAAAAAGAAGAGUCUGAAACCAACUGAGGAAGUGAGUCAAGAGGUAACAAUUAAUAAAAAAUUGCCUGUUGAAGAAGCUGAUGUCCAGACUACAAUAGUCAAGAAAAAAGUUAAGGCUCAAAUUGAUGACGAAGUUGCUGAAGAAUACACAAUUAAAAAAUCUGUGGAAAUGCCAGAAGAAGAGUUGGAAGAUGUUAUUCAAGAAGUUGCUAUCAAGAAGAAGAAACCAUUAAAAGUUAGUAAUGAAGAGGUAUCAGAAGAAGUCAUAAUAAAACCAAAGAAAAAACCAAGCCUAAAUGUUGAAGAGGACGUUACAGAGGAGAUGGUUAUAAAAAAGAAACCGAUCAAAAAACCAUAUGUAGUUGACGAAUCAAGUGAAGAAAUCACUAUUAAAAAGGAACUAUCUUAUAGUGUUGGGGAAGAAAGUGUUGCUGAAGAGUUUAUCGUACGAAAAGAUAAACCAAUUGUAAAGGAGCAAGAAGAAAUAUCUGAGGAGUUUGUAAUUAAGCCAAAAAGGCCAAGUAUCAUUCCACAAGUAACGGAUGAUGUUGAAGAAGAACUGGUAAUAAAGAAAAAACCAAAACCAAAACCUCAAUUCUAUGAGGAAGCAGCUGAAGAACUUACAAUCACUCAAGAAGCUCCCACUCCUAUAGAAAAACCUUUGAUUGAAGACACUGAGAGGAUGGUUGUGGUUUUGAAAAAAUCUGAAAAACCUGUAGAAGAAGCAGAACAAAUUACAAUUACUCCUCGUAGGAGAUCUUCUGUACGAAAGCUGUCGAUUGAAGAACAUCCAGAAGAAAAAAUCACAUUAAAACAAAGGAGACCAUCAGAAGAUGUGGUUGAAGAAGAAGUUGUUACUGAUGUAACUUUUAAACCCAAAAUAACAAAGCCUAAAGAGGAAAUAGAACAAGAAUUUAAAAUCUCUCUGCAAACAUAUGAGGAAGAAGAUAUCUCAAUGUCAGGUAAGGUUAGAUUACCUCGUAAAAAGAAAAUUCAGCCUGUGUCAGAUGAAGCAAGUGCAGAAAUAACAAUUCAGAAGGAAGUAGAAAUAGAGCAAAGUCAAGAUAUCAAUUUCCCUCUUCGUGGAAAGCCUUCUGUUUCAGCUUAUAAUAUUGAAGACAUGGAACAAGAAGUUCAACUGGGCCUUCGCCAACAGCAGCAUAGAGCUAGUAUUGUUUAUGAAGAAGAAACAUUAGACAUCAAAGUGAAGAGGAAGCCUUCAAAACCAACCAUUCCAGCCUUCAAUCAAGAAUCAGCAGGCCUCACAAUAACCAAGGGCGAAGAGAUAACUAUUGAAAAAGGUGAGACGAUUGUUGAGACUUCAGAAGGAGAUAUAUUGUUUUCUAUUUGCUCGUAUGUUGCUGAAAAUGACGAUGCCUUGAAUUUGGUGGAAGGUGAAAGAGUUUACGUCUUAGAGAGCACAAGCCAGGACUGGUGGUUCGUCCAAAAGCACUUGACAGAAGAAAAAGGUUGGGUGCCAGCCGUUUACCUCAGAGAUGAGCCCAGUUACACACUCUACGUUCAGAAGAAAUUACAUGAGAAGAUUGAUAAACUGCCAAUAUUUGAGAAGCCAAGUGCCGGAGAAGAAGUCUAUGCUCCUCGCUUCGUAGAGAAACUUCAGCCUAAACAUGCACCGGAUGGUGCCACAGUGCAGUUUGAGUGUCAGGUGGAGGGCAAUCCAAGACCUCAAAUUACGUGGUUUAGACAAACUGCCAUCAUCAAACCAUCUCAAGAUUUCCAGAUAUUCUACGAUGAUGACAAUGUCGCAACUUUGAUCAUCAGAGAAGUUUUCCCUGAGGAUGCUGGAACUUUCACUUGUGUAGCCAAAAACGCAGCUGGGUUUGCUUCCAGCACAACAGAACUGCUCGUCGAAGCUCCUCUCUCAGACCAUGGCUCUGACAUCACUGGACAUUCUAGGAAAAGCUUGUCAAGAGAGUCAUCACUAGCAGACAUCCUUGAGGGAAUCCCGCCCACAUUUUCUCGGAAACCCAAGGCCAAGAUCGUGAAAGAGGGGGACAACGUAGAACUUGAAUGCCGGCUGGUGGCUGUACCAGAACCUGACAUCUUCUGGUACUACAAGGGAAAGGCACUACAGCCAUCUGACUCUGUUUCUGUCACCACCCAGAGUGACAUGCACAUGUACAGUACCAUGGUGACAAUCACCAAAGUCAAGAAGUCCCAGGAAGGCGUGUACCAGGUGGUGGCCAAGAACAGGGAAGGUCAGGCUACGCUCGAUAUCACCCUCAAGGUGAAGACAGGAGAGCCGGAGCCGCCAGAGGUGGUAGAGCCGUUGCAAGACGUGUGCAUCAGCGAGGGUGAGAGUGCAGUUUUGGUCACACAGAUCACUGGCAAGCCGACACCAAAGAUCGUUUGGUCACGGGACGGCCAGCCUGAUACCAGCCUGCCUACCAAGGUCCAGGGUGAGACGUACUCUUUGACUUUCAUCAAGCCUUCCCCCUCGGAUUCAGCCCGCUAUUCUGUUACUGCCACCAACAAACAUGGGAAAGCCUCUACCUCCUGCCAGCUCACCGUUGAAGAUACUAAUCUAACUAGAGUAGAUGAGUUUCAUUCAGCCACUGACACUUUUGGUUCUAAAGAGGUUAAGCUCCGAACUGUUCAGCAGCAACAGGCUUUCAAACACCAGGAAGCUUUCAUGCCUCACUCUGAAAAAACUGUUACAUCAUCUUUGACUAGACAAGUGGUACAAAAAACACAUCAGUUCACUACCACUCAGAUGACACGACCAUCAAGGGCAGUCAUAUCAAAAGACAAUGUCCACAUUGUUCAAGACUUGAAGAUGAUCAAAAUAAACCUUCAAAGUCCUCUGACUUCUGACACCACAGAAGAUGAUACCACAUCUGAAGUGACAAUUGAGAUCACUCAGAAGAUAAAUGUGCCGGAUAUUGAUGUUGCACAUGAUAUAAAACUGAAAAAAUAUGAAGAAACAGAAAUAUCAGAAAAAGUAGUGACUCCUUCUCAACCAAAAAGCAUCUCACACACAGAGGAAACAUCAGCUCAUAUCAUAGUGACAGAAAUAGUGGAAGAAGGGCAAGAAUUUGAUUCAAGUUUAAAUCAUUUGGGUGUUCCAGGACCUCAGGCUCCACUGUUUGUAGAGAGAUUUGAGGAGCAGAAUGUCAAGGAGAAAGGAACCAUCCGUCUCGUUGCCAAAGUCACCGGGAACCCAGUCCCAAUAGUGACAUGGUUCAGGAACAACAAGACAUUGCUGGCCUCACCAAAACAGACUCAGCUAUUCGAUGGAGAGAACAUCGUGCUGGAGAUCAAGGAAGCAGACUCGGAGGAGGAUGCUGGAGACUACAAGUGUGUGGCCAGUAACAACGUGGGCACGGCAACCCAUGGCUCCAGGGUCACAGUCGAUGUUGAGAAAGUAUCAUUCACAAAAUUGCUGCGUUCAAAUGUGGAGUUAAAUGAGACAGAGACAGUGACACUUGAGUGUGAGACUUCUCACACUGUGUCGACCAAGUGGAGGCACAACGGCGCCGAGCUGAGCGGUAUGGACCACCGAGAGCUGGUGCAGGAGGGGCGCAGUCACCGCCUGAUCAUCAAGCGAGCCACUCUUAACGAUGCUGGCACCUACACUUGUGGUGUCAAAGAUCAACUGACCUCCUGUACUGUCGUUGUACACGGUAUGAAACCUGACUUUGUGCGGAAGCUGGAAGACUUUGAAGUCAAGGAGCAAGAAGUAGCCAUUUUGGAGGUUGAAAUCUCUUCGGAAACUGCAGAUGUGACCUGGAUCAAGGACGGAUUACCCAUUGAGCCUGUUCCUGGCAAACUAGAUGUGGAAAAGAAGGGCAAUGUAAGAAAAUUGCUGAUCCGUAGCACCUCAGUCCAUGAUGAGGGAGAGUACACCUGCACCCUGGGAGACCAAGAGUGCACUGCUGAAGUCACUGUCAUCGAGUUGCCUCCCCAGAUCCACACCAAGAUGCAGGACGUGAUUGUAACAAGAGGAGACAAAGCCACACUGGAGGUGGAGUUGACCAAGGGUGAUGCUCUGGUCCGCUGGUUCAAGGAUGACAAGGAACUCCACUUCUCAGAGCACGUUCAACUGUCCAUCGAUGGCAAGAAGCAGAAGCUGAAGAUCUACCAGGCAGAGUUGACGGACGGAGGCACCUACUCGUGCCGAGUGGGUGACCAGCCAGAUCAGGUGUCCACUGCAAGAGUCACUGUGGAAGAGCCUGAGGUGGAAUUUGUGACAAGGCUGCCCGAUGUAACUCUGGUACCUAUCAACACAGAUGCAGAGUUCACUGUGGAGUUGUCACGACCAGUGGACGUCAGGUGGCUCAAGAAAGGAAAAGAGAUCAAGCCAUCCAGUAAGUACAUUUUCAAGACUGAGGGCAAUGUGCAGAGGUUGAUCAUCAAGAAAGCCACCACUGAGGAUCAGACCGAUAUAACCUGCACUGCCUUCAACGUGAAAACAUCAACCAAACUGAAAGUCGAAAAAGUGGAAACUGCUCCAAGAAUAAAGGUUGAUUCCACACCAAAGGAGUACAAGGUGAAGAAGGGAGAAGAUGUGAACAUUGAGGUUAAAUUCACAGCAUCACCAGCACCUACGGAUGAAUGGACCAUGAACGGAACAGUCAUCAAGAAAAGCAAGAGGGUGGAUUAUACACUGGGAGAGGAGUCUGCAUGCCUCACCAUCAAGAAAGUGGAAGAGUCAGAUGUUGGAACAUACACUCUCAGGUUGAAGAAUCCUAUCGGAGAAGCUUCAGCAGAGAUGACAUUGAUAAUAAUGCAGGUGCCUGGGGAGCCAGGAACGCCAGACGUGUUGGAGGUGACAGACGACUCUGUCACUCUACACUGGAAGGCUCCAGAAAAGGAUGGAAAUGCUCCUAUCAUCCGAUACAUCCUGGAGUUCCAUGACAAAGAAGAGUUUAUGGAAUGGCAUGAGGUAAAGGAAACAAUAACAGUGACAACCCACAAAGUCACCAACAUGAAACAUGACGCAGAGAUCAUGUUCCGAGUGGCUGCAGAAAACGAAGUUGGUCGAGGUCCCAACUCAAACAGUACCAAGUAUGUGAGGAUCUCCACCCCAGUGGCAGCUGAGCCUCCAGUCAUCCAGGAACCUCUCAAGGACUCCUCCGUGGGCCUGGGCAAGAGCAUCACCCUCCAGUGUGUUGUCGGUGGUACUCCUCUUCCUGAAAUCAAAUGGUUCCGAAACGGCAAGCCCCUCAAGUCAAAGAAGCAGACAUUUGAGAAUCGAGUUGCCUCCUUCCUGAUUCCCGACUGCAACGAGUCAGCAACUGGCUCCUACAGUUGCAAGGCAACCAACUCUGCCGGUUCUGCCGAGACCAGCUGUAAACUCGUUGUCCAAGAUAUUCCCACACUGGUAGUCCCUGAGGCUGUACAGACCCAGAGGCUGAAUAUCGCUGCUCAAUGGAAACCGGAAGUCGCGUUCAGCGGAUUCCCUCGACCUGAGAUCUUGUGGGAGAAGAAUGGACAGGCACUGACAUCGGGACAAAAGUGCAAGAUCUUUGUAGAUGAAAAGACAACAACAAUAGCAAUAUACUCAGUGGAACGAGCAGACACAGCCAUUUACACUGUGAGAGCAACUAACACUGCUGGCUCUGCCUCAGCUGAUCUCACACUCAGGGUCAUUGACAAGCCAGGCAAACCAGAGGGGCCAAUAACAUUCAGCAACAUCAUGGCUGAAUCUAUUACAGUAGAAUGGAAGCCACCUCUGGAUGACGGAGGCCUGCAACUUACCAAGUAUAUCUUGGAGAAGUGCGAGGCCACCAAACUGAUCUGGACUAAGGCCGCUGAUGUUGAGCCCUCAUCUACAUCUUACAAUGUGGAAAAACUGAUAGAGAACACGGAGUACAUGUUCCGUGUGUUCAGUCAGAAUCCUGUUGGCACAUCGGAGGCCCUGACUAGUGAACCUGUCGUCGUCAGGACAAUUUACGGCAAGCCAACUCCACCACGUGGGCCACUGGAAGCAACGGGUAUGACGGAGACAGCGUGCACCAUAAGCUGGCGGGAGCCGGCGGACGACGGAGGUACCCCAGUGGUGGACUAUACCAUUCAGCGCAAGGAGGCCAGCAAGAAGAGUUGGCAGACGCUGGCUACUGUCUCAGAGACAAGUCUCAGUAUGAGCGACCUGGUGCUAAACACUGCUUAUGUCUUCCGUAUAACAGCUCGCAACAAGGAGGGUGAGAGUGAGCCUUACAUCUCGGAGGAUCCCAUCAUUGCCGGCAGGAGGAUAAGGAUGAACGAGUUGACAGAACAAGCUUUGUAUGCUUUGCUUGGCAUUUACCCUCCAGUCAAGCCAGGCACCUACUCCCCACCAUCUGCUCCUCUCAACUUCAAUGCAAUUGACAUUACCAGUAAGAGUGUGACUCUACAGUGGUCUCCACCUUCCAGCACUGGCGGCACUGAACUUACUGGUUACAUCAUAGAGAAGCAAUACGGCAACAGCAAGAAGUGGUCCAAGGUCGUGACUCUGGACCCUGGUCACCUGCAGUACUGUGUGGAGAAUCUCAAGGAGAAAUCCGAGCUAUACUUCCGUAUCUACGCUGAGAACUCCAUCGGUCUGAGUACUGCAGCCGGCACCAGUAUAAUCAGCCUCAAGACACAUGCCACUGUACCCUCACCUCCCACCGAUCCUCUGGAGAUCCGCAGUCUGGGUCCUAACUCUAUCAUUGUGGAAUGGGGAGUCCCUGAGACAGAUGGGGGAGCUCCUCUCGAGGGCUACAAGAUUGCCAUCCGAGACACCAAGAAGACAAUGUGGAUGGAGGUGGGCCAGGUGUCAGCCGAGGUGCAGAAGCUCACUAUUAAAGACUUGCAAGAAAAUCAUGAAUAUUUAGUAAGAAUUUUCGCUCGGAAUGAGGUGGGCCUCAGUGAACCGCUAGAGUCGGAUGAACCGUUCCUGGUCAAGAAGCCCACAGGUAUGGAAGAAGCGGACAUCGAGGAGCGUAGUCUGCUAGAGAAGGACACACCUUCACUCAGCUUCAGUACAGAGACGACUACAUCGUGGAUGCGUGAAGCCGGCAUGGAUGCAGACAUCAGUUUCUAUGCCAGGGGCUCUCUGCUGCGUCGCAGCGAGUACUUCUUCCGCAUCUGGUACUACGCCAAGCAUUUGUUCAAGUAAACUGUGCAGAGACUGGUGGCGGACCGGCAGUCCCUGAGCCGAGUCCGACAUCCGUCGCUCCACCGUCUACUCUUUUUUACUCGUACGGACCAAGACUGAAUGUAUACAGAAUUUUUGAUAUUGUAAAUUUUAAGGAUAUUUAUAUAUAUAUAUAUAUUGUUUGUAAAAUAUGUACGGCUACAGAGAAAGAGUCGUAGUCACGUAACUCGAUGAGUCAUUAGCUGUAAUUAAUUUUUAACUCUGAAAACCUGUGAUACAAACAUGAUGAAACAUGUGUCACACAUUGAACAAUGUCGUUGAACUAUACCAUUUGUGUGUAAUAUUCUGUUUUUCUCGUGUGAUUUUUUAACUGAACAGCUAACCUUAGCGACAAAGAGAGAAUAAAAAAUAUAGGUGCAAGUUAAAAUAAAUAUGGUGUUAUUGUUACCUGUUCAGAUAUACAAUAUAUAAUAAAGUUGUAUUAUAAUGUUA